AUGCCGGCGCGUCCCAGGCGCGAGACCAAGCUCAUCGCAACAGCGUCUCCUCGCAGUGGCAUCGGCUCUCCAAUUCGGCUGCAGCUUGCACACGGUCGCCUGUCGGCCGGCCUCGAGGCGCUCCUCGUCUCGCACACCCUCAGGCAGCAAUCAGUGAUCGUCUUCGAGCACCCUGCUCCCGGCACCUACACCAGCGCCGAUGAUGGCGCCGAGCUCGGUCCGCGCACGGCACGCAGCCAGACGGCACUGCUGAUGCUGAACGCCUCUCGCGGUGCUCGUGUCGAAGCCGACCGAAGCGUCUACCGCCUCUCAGAAGAAGCUUCUGGUGCUGUGCGUCCCCGAGUGGAUGCCAGCGCCACGGCGGAUGCUGCGGCAUUUGCAGCAAAGAGGUCGGAGAUGCUCGCGCUGGUUCGCGACACCGUGGCGCGGCUCACUGGCGGCGCUGCCGCCUCCGACGAUGCGCCGCUGAUGACAGUCGGGCUCGACUCGGAGAGCGUGGCCGACCUCAUCGGCAGCCUGCGGGCGGCGACAGGCCUGGCCGGCCUCUCGGAGACGAUACUCUUCUCGGCGCCUACGGGCGUGCUCCUCGCCGACCACCUCGCACGGCUCGCGCUCGGGGUGAAAGCGGCCGCGACGACAGCACUCCGCACCCGCCUGCCCGCCACCGAAGGCGGCCGUUCGGAGCCCCCUUCUCUGUGCGGCCUGACGGGACGGUGGCCGCGUGCGCCGUCGGGGUCGGCCCUGCGGCAGCUUGCAAUGUGCGGGCUUGAUGCCGUCGGUGAGGUGCCGCUCGACCGGUGGGUCAACGAGCAGGCCGCGCCGGGGCAGGGCGCACCGCUGCGCCACCUCGCAACCAUCGAAGGCGCCGGUCUGUUUGACAACCGCGCCUUCGCCGUCUCGCCCGCCGAGGCGGCCGCGAUGGACCCGCAGCAGCGGCUGCUGCUCGAGACGGCUUUCGAGUCAAUCGCCGCCGCGCCAUCGCCCGCUGAGCUCGCGCGCGGCUCGGACGCGGGCGUCUACCUCGCAAUCUCAAACAACGACUUUGCGUCGCUGCUCACCUACGGCGGCGCCACCUCCGUCUACGCCGCCACCGGCAGCGCCAUCUCCGUCGCCGCCGGCCGCCUCUCCUUCACCCUCGGCCUGCAGGGCCCGUGCGAGUCGCUCGACACUGCCUGCUCCUCUGCGCUCGUCGCGCUCCACGCCGCGUCCCAUGCCGCCGCGCUUUGCGACUGUGCUGCGGCGAUGGUGCUCGGCGUCAGUCUCGUGCUCACGCCGCACGUCUCCGUCGCCUACGCUCGGGCGGGCAUGCUCUCUCCGACCGGCCGCUGCAAGACCUUCGACGCUCGCGCCGAUGGCUACGUCCGCGGCGAAGGCGUGGGCGCUUUGAUCCUCCGCUCUGGGGGCGCCCAGCCCCGUGCGGCGGACGGGGCGACGCUCUUGUCCAGCGCCGUGAAGCAGGACGGCGUCAGCGCGAGCCUCACCGCACCCAGUGGGGCCGCACAGACCGAUCUCAUCGCGCUCGCUCUCGCCAGAGCAACAUCACCUUCCGCGAGCGUGGCGCUCCCGCUGCUCGAGGCGCACGGCACCGGCACACCGCUCGGCGACCCAACCGAGGUGCGCGCACUCGCAGCCGCGUUGCAAGCGAGCUCCGGCUCCAGCUCUGGCGCUUCGACCACACUGUGCGGCAUCAAGGCGACGAUGGGGCACCUCGAGCCCGCCGCCGGGCUGGUCGGACUCUUUACGCUUGCCGCGUCGUUGGCGGACGGAUACGCGGCGCCAAACGCGCAGCUGCGCUCGCUGAAUACGCACGUCGCGAGCACCGUCUCUGCCGCUUUGCGCCCCUCGGCUGCGGUCGGGCAGGUCGCCGCCGCAGCGGCGGGCUCACGGCUGUGCGGCGGAGUGAGCUCUUUCGGGUACAGCGGCACCAUCGCGCACGCGGUGCUCUGUGAGGCCUUGGCUGCGAGCGAGCCUCCCGCUGCCGCGAUGGCGGCGCGCGCCGCGUACAGGCGGAAGCGAUUCCCGUGGCACGGCGCGGCGCCGCAUCCGUUCGUUCAGCACCGGCUGCCGACUGCCGAUGCCGUCGUCAACAAGUUUCGCUCGCCGGGCUCUGGUCCCAUCCAGGCCCUCGUCGCAGACCACUCGGUGCGCGGCGGCUUCGUCGUCUUUCCGGGCGCAGGCUACCUCGAGAUGGCGCGCGCCGGCUGCGACGCCAUCAGCCGGCUCGACAUCGGCGCUCUCUUCCACCGUGUCCACUUUCUGCAGCCGCUCCUUCUCGACACGACCGACGACGUGUGGAUCGUGUGCGAGCUGGACGCUGCCGCACCGACGCAGCGGUUCGAGGUGUCUUCCGUGCGCCAGGGGGCGGUUGGCGAGGAGCUGUCGACGGUGCAUUGCGCUGGCGACGUCUCAGUGGCACUGGCGCCUCCGUUUGCGCCGCAGCCUGUUGCAGCUCGCGAGGCAACGCCUGGCGCGAUCGAUGUGUGCUCGCUGUACGGAGCCUUGCGCGGCCUCGGCCUGGACUACGGCCCGGCAUACCGCACGCUUGCGUCAGCGUGGAUCUCUGAAUGCGUUGGCGUGGCGGCGCUGAGCAGGCGCUCCCGCAUGCAGGGCACGCAGCUCCACCCUGCCGAUCUGGACGGCGCGCUGCAGCUGACCGCUAUCAUGCACUCCCGCGCGGGCGAGAGCGCCUCGCGCGACUCGCGCGCCUCGCACGACUCGCACGCAGCCCGCGACUCGCGCGCCACGCGUGACUCGCGCGCCACGCCCGAGAUGCCCUCUGUGGAGAGGCGGCCAACCUUCGCAGUCGGCGAAGCCCGACUGAUGUUUCGGCUCGCCGAGGCGGUCCUGACCUCCUCGAAGCUGGCCGGCCCCCACCCCCAGACGGGCCGGGGCCGCCAUUUCCCCAUCGUCGAGCGGCAAGGGGCGCGGAGCUCAGCGCUUUGGCUCGCCUCGGGCGCGCUCGACAGACCGCCUCUCGCCAGCCUUUCUGGCUUCGAGAGCCGUGCGCUUCGCCCGCCGUCGCGGCGCCGCUCUGCGCUGCGCUUCCGGCGCAGUCGCAAGAGUGGCGUCCAGUUGGUAGAGCGACAGCAUCAUCUGUACGUUGCAAGGUGGCAGCCGCUGGUCGCUGGCAGCCGUGAUUCGGCGGCUCAACGACCCGUGGGGCUCGUCGUCGGCGGGUGGCCCCGUGAGACCCGAGUAGAAGGCACCGAUUUGCCGUUCCAGGUGCAGCAAGCGCCGCCGCGCUCAACUGCUCUCGUGUCUUCCCUACCGCUGGGGCGCGGGGCGACCGGCUCGAGUGCGCUCGCUGCCGUCGAGGCUGCGUUGAGCCUGGUGCGCCUGCAGCUGAGGCCGCAGCCAGUGCCUUUCGCUCUUCUGACGCCGGGCGUGCACGCCCUUUGCGUUCGGUCGGGCAGCCCGUCCCACGCGGGCGCGCUUGGCCUCGCGCGGACGGUGCGCAUCGAGGCGGCGGGCGCGCGCCUCUCGUGCUUGGACGUCGUCGCGGAGCCGUGCGCCUCCGGGGCCCUUGCGGCGGCACGGCUGGUGGUCGGGCCGUCGGCACUGGAGGACGCCGAGACAGAGGCGGCGUUUGCCGGCGGCGGGUGGCGCGUGCCUCGGCUGGCAGAGGUGGCGCACUCGACGACCGGCCCGGUGCGGCUGCACUUCGACGCGCGGGGCGCGUUGGCCAACCUGUGCGUGGUGCCACAGUGGCACUCGCCUUCGGUGCCGGGGGAGAGCGAGGUUGAGCUGCACGUGCGUUCGGUCGGCCUCAACUUCCGCGACGUGCUCAACGUGCUCGGCGCGUACCCCGGCGACCCGGGCCCGCCUGGCAACGACUGCGCUGCGGUGGUGAGCUCCGUUGGCGAUGGAGGCGCGUACACAGACCUGGCGGUGGGGGCGCGGGUGCUGGGCCAGGCGACCGCGGCGCUCGCUUCGAUCGCGCGCGCGGACGCGCGGCUCGUGGCGCCGACCGGCGGGGUCCUCUCGGACGACGCCGCGUGCACGCUGCCGACGACGUGGAGCACGGUGCACAUGGCGCUGCUGGCGUCGCGGCCGCGCUCGACGGACAGGCUGCUGCUGCACGCGGGCGCGGGCGGCGUGGGCCUGGCGGCGGGCGAGUACGCGCAGUGGCUGCGCUCGCGUCCGAGCACGACGGUGGGCCAGCCGCAGAAGCACCGCUUUCUGCACCACGCGGGCUUCUGCGGCCGCACGCUGAGCUCGCGUGACGGCGGCGCCUUCGCGCUCGGCGCCUCGGCGCAGCUGCGCGGCUCGCGUUUGCGGGGCGUGCUCAACAGUCUGUCGGCGGACUUCAUCGCGUGCUCGUUCGCGCUGCUCGGCGAGGACGGCUGCCUGUGCGAGAUUGGCAGCAAGGACAUCUGGAGCGGGACCUUCGCACAGCUUGGUGAGCCCCUCUCGCCAUACGUUCAAUACAUCGUAUUCUCCCUCGAGACCGUGCUCGAGCAGACGCCUGCUUGGAUGAAUGACGUGCUGCGGCUGCUGGUGGCUCGGGCUCGGGCGAGCGUGCUGCACAGUUUGCCGAUUUGCACUUUCGAAUUCGAGGCGAACGCGCUGGCCGCCUUCCAGUGGCUGCAGAGUCAGUCCAACAUAGGCAAAGUCGUCAUUCGACUGCCGCCCUCGCACGAAACUUGCCCGAGAGGCACACAUUUGCUCACCGGCGGCACUGGAGGCUUGGGCCUUGUGGUUGGCCGAUGGCUCGCUGACUGCGGAGCCUGCGGCGUGGUGCUGACCUCGCGGAGCGGCAUGAUCUCUGCUCGUGGUGGCCUGCAUGGGCUGCCUGUCGCAUCGGACUGCCAAGUGCUCACGGCCGGGUGCGAUGUGGCCGAGCAGAUGGAUAUUACGCACGUGUUGUGCCAGGCGCUCGCCAUGACGAACCUGAGCGGCGUCUGGCAUGCGGCGGGGGUGCUUGCAGAUGCACUCGUUGCCCUGCAGACGGCCAAGACCCUCCGCCACGCAUACGCCCCCAAGGCCAUCGGCUCGUGGGCGCUCCACAAGGCGAGCAGGCCCAUUGCCCUGGACUCGUGCGUGUUGUUCUCCUCUGUCAUGGCGCUACUGGGCGGUGGCGGCCAGGCCAACUACUCGGCGGCGAACUGCUGCCUCGACGCGCUUGCGUCUCGCCGUCGCCUCGACGGGUUUGCUGCGUGCAGCGUCCAGUGGGGCCCGUGGGCGGAGGUUGGGAUGGCGGCGGGGGCCGCCGUCAACGUGCGCCUCCAGGCGGCAGGCAUGGGCCUGAUCACUCCACAAAAAGGGAAGGUGGCGUUGCGAGCCGCCAUGAUCGGCCGUGGCCCUCCUAUCUUCUGCAUGACACCCUUCGACUGGAGCCGCUUUUUCCGGGCCCGCAGCCCUUGCCGAUUGCUGUCGGCCUUCGUGCCCGCUGAGCCCUCGGCGACCGCCUCCACUCCCGCUGCAAAGGUGGCCAUCCGAGUUGGAUCGCCGGGCGCACAGCAACUCUCGCUCGAGGUCAUUAUCGAGACGCUGCAACUCACGACCGGAGGAAGCAUUAUUGAUGCCGACGCCCCUCUCAUGGAGACGGGCCUCGACUCGCUCGGUGCCGUCGAGGUUGGGAAUCAGCUUCAGCGGCGGUCCGGCCAGAGCCUCCCGAGCACGCUCGUCUUUGACUUCCCAACGGCGCGGCUGAUUCACGACCACAUGAUCAGCCUAUCGGAGCCGCAGCCGCGCAGUAGCCGAUCGAGUCGCAAGUCCAUCUUCGGGGGCUCCGCCUCGCUACUUCGCCCCUCAGAGGGCGCGAGCUCUACCAUGUAUGGCAUGUGUGCGAUGCUGCCGGGCGGUACGUCGUCGAGCACUGCCCUGGGACGUCUCGCCUCCAGCGGCGGCGUCGUGACUUCCGAAGUGCCGAGCGAUCGCUGGUCGUUGGAUUGGGCAUCGCAGCUGAGCGGCGUCAUUGGGGAGCGGGUACGCCACGGCGGCUUCCUGUGCGACGCCGACCUCUUUGACAACGUCUUCUUUGGGAUCUCACCGGCGGAGGGCGCUGCGAUGGACCCGCAGCAGCGGCUACUGCUUGAUCGCGGGUUUGAGGCGCUGCAUGGCGCGGGGCUCAACAAGGCUGAGCUCAUGGGCACCACCACGGGGAUUUUCAUCGGCAUUGAAGGCCACGACUGGCUUGAAAUCGUCAGAACCUCCCCGACAAUGGCUCGCAGUGUGUACGCGGCGACGGGUAGCAGCCAUGCCAUCGCUUCGGGUCGGAUUUCGUUCGUGCUCGGAAUGCAGGGCCCUUGUGUCUCGAUCGACACAGCGUGUUCGGCAGCAUUGGUUGCCAACCACUCUGCGCUGCGAGCCAUUCAACUGAGGGAGUGCGCAAGCGCUCUCCUCGCAGCGGUGAGCCUGAUGCUACUGCCAGCUCCCAGCAUGACCUUCGCCAUCGCGGGCAUGACGUCGCCGACUGGCAGCAGCAAAACCUUUGACGCACGCGCUGACGGCUACGCUCGCGGCGAGGCCUGCUGUGCUGCCGUGCACCGCUCAAGUAUGGAGGAUCUUGACCGAGUCACGCCGCUCGGCAGCAGUGUCCGCCAAGACGGGAAGAGCGCGAGUCUCACCGCGCCAAACGGGCAAGCGCAGCAGAAUCUCCUCCGAGCCGCGCUCGCGGACGCUGGAGUGGCUCCUGAGGAGGCCUCAGCAGCGGAAGCCCAUGGCACGGGCACUCCUCUCGGUGAUCCCAUCGAAGCGAGUUCGCUGCACGGUGUGCUCCUGUCCAAAAGGGACGGAGAGUUUCCGCUGAUCAUCUCUAGCGUCAAGGCGAACGCCGGGCACCCGGAGCCGGCGGCAGGGGGCGCAGGUCUCAUCCGACUGACACGCGGCCUGCUGCUCGGGCAAGCCCCACCGAAUGCGCGGUUGCGUGUUCUCAACGAGCACGUCGGAUCAGCACUUGGUGGUGCCUGCUGCCUCCUGCCCACGCAGAUCGUGCCUCAACCAUCGUUAGAUGGCAAGCGCAUCGGUGGCUUGAACUCGUUUGGCUACAGCGGGACAAUUGCGCACACUGUCAUGGAGGCGGCGCCGCACCCACCGCCACCCACACGCACGAGCGUGGGAUACGCGCGCCGUCGCUACAGCUGGCGACAAAGCCCACACCCAUUUGUAGCCGAGCUUCAUCAGGCCGGCAGCGCGACUGUGUUCCGCUCGUCGGCCAGCGCCGCCCUUUCCGUUGCUUCGGACCACAUCGUGCAGGGGAGCAUCGUCUUCCCCGGCGCCGGCUACCUCGAGAUGGCGCGCGCGGCGUGCUGCGCGGCGCAGCCGUUUGCUGCAGGAGCGACGCUCCGCCGCACCUACUUCCUGCAGCCGCUGAUCCUCGGAGGGGAGGCGCUCUGGGUCUCUUGCGAGCUCGAGGAGUCAGCCAACCGCUUCGACAUCUCCAGCUCAAGAGGGGACGGCGAGGCGUCCACGACGCACAGUGCAGGCGAUGCUGCCCUCGAAGUGCUCGAGAGCCGGCUUCGCUCGCCCACGAGUCAGCUCCGGGGUGUCUGCACCGACACCGUUGACGCCGCUCGCAUCUACGUCGCUUUCGUGUCGGUUGGCCUCGAGUACGGGCCUUGUUACCGACUGAUCCGAGAGGCCUGGAGGAACGGCGACCACGGUGUUGCGCUCGGCAAGCUGUGCAAGCGCACCCGGCGGCAGGGGACGCAGGUGCACCCGGCGGAUUUGGACGCCGCACUGCAGUUGACAAGCCUCGUCACUGGCAGCUCUACGGGCGAGACCAAGCUCCCGUUCAAGGUGAGCGAGGCGGUCCUCACCGCCGCUCGCGGACACCUGUUCGGCGCCGUCGAGCGGCAGGGCGCCGACUCGACGGGCGUGUGGCUGAUCCGUGCGGCUGUAGGGGUGGCUCCGUGCGGCCAGGUGAGUGGGUUUGAGAGUCGCGCUCUCAAGGCGCUCGCUCAACCGACGGCGGCGCCACGCCAGCAGCACCACCUCUAUACGUCUGAGUGGCGGAGCUUGCCGGUGCUUGUGUCGGCUGCCGAGCUUGCGCCGAGCACGGAGCUCGCCCUGGUCGUCUGUUCGAAGAGCACCACCUCUGCCACCGCGUUGGGCGCGAGUGGUCCUGGCGUGAGCCGGGUUUCGCCGCGCUCAACUGCCGCGCUCAUGUCUUCCCUGCCGCUGGGGCGCGGGGCGACCGGCUCGAGUGCGCUCGCUGCCGUCGAGGCUGCGUUGAGCCUGGUGCGCCUGCAGCUGAGGCCGCAGCCAGUGCCUCUCGCUCUUCUGACGCCGGGCGUGCACGCCCUUUGCGCUCGGUCGGGCAGCCCGUCCCACGCGGGCGCGCUUGGCCUCGCGCGGACGGUGCGCAUCGAGGCGGCGGGCGCGCGCCUCUCGUGCUUGGACGUCGUCGCGGAGCCGUGCGCCUCCGGGGCCCUUGCGGCGGCACGGCUGGUGGUCGGGCCGUCGGCACUGGAGGACGCCGAGACAGAGGCGGCGUUUGCCGGCGGCGGGUGGCGCGUGCCUCGGCUGGCAGAGGUGGCGCACUCGACGACCGGCCCGGUGCGGCUGCACUUCGACGCGCGGGGCGCGUUGGCCAACCUGUGUGUGGUGCCACAGUGGCACUCGCCUUCGGUGCCGGGGGAGAGCGAGGUUGAGCUGCACGUGCGUUCGGUCGGCCUCAACUUCCGCGACGUGCUCAACGUGCUCGGCGCGUACCCCGGCGACCCGGGCCCGCCUGGCAACGACUGCGCUGCGGUGGUGAGCUCCGUUGGCGAUGGAGGCGCGUACACAGACCUGGCGGUGGGGGCGCGGGUGCUGGGCCAGGCGACCGCGGCGCUCGCUUCGAUCGCGCGCGCGGACGCGCGGCUCGUGGCGCCGACCGGCGGGGUCCUCUCGGACGACGCCGCGUGCACGCUGCCGACGACGUGGAGCACGGUGCACAUGGCGCUGCUGGCGUCGCGGCCGCGCUCGACGGACAGGCUGCUGCUGCACGCGGGCGCGGGCGGCGUGGGCCUGGCGGCGGGCGAGUACGCGCAGUGGCUGCGCUCGCGUCCGAGCACGACGGUGGGCCAGCCGCAGAAGCACCGCUUUCUGCACCACGCGGGCUUCUGCGGCCGCACGCUGAGCUCGCGUGACGGCGGCGCCUUCGCGCUCGGCGCCUCGGCGCAGCUGCGCGGCUCGCGUCUGCGGGGCGUGCUCAACAGUCUGUCGGCGGACUUCAUCGCGUGCUCGUUCGCGCUGCUCGGCGAGGACGGCUGCCUGUGCGAGAUUGGCAAGCGCGCGGUGUGGAGCUACGAGCGGCACGAGGCGGCGGCGCACUCGCGGUACGUUGCGAUCGCGCUCGACUCGACGAUGGAGCAGGUGCCGUGGUGGAUGUGCCGGACGCUGCGCUUGCUGUCGUCCCGCGCGGAGGCGGACGUGCUGCACAGUCUUCCGCUGCGCGUGUUCGGUCUGGAGCGCGGCGCGCAGGCUGCGUUCCGCUGGAUGCAGGCGGGCUCCAACAUCGGCAAGGUCGUGAUCCGUGUGCCUGCGGCGGGCGACGCUGCGGUGGAGGGCUCGCACGUCCUGACGGGCGGGAGCGGCGCGCUUGGCGUCGUGACGGGUGCGUGGCUCUCGGAGAGCGGCGCGGGCGCGUUGGUGGUCGCAUCGCGCGGCGGCUCGAUCUCAGCGUCGGCGGGCGCGCGUCUGCGCAGCUCCGGCGUGUGCGAGGUGCGGGCGGCGCGGUGCGACGCGGGCGAGCCGUCCGAGGUGUCUCGCCUCUUUGCUGGCUUGCGCAUCGAUGGCGCGCCGCCCCUGCGUGGCGUGUGGCACGCGGCGGGCGUGUUGGCAGACGCGCUGCUUGCGUCGCAGAGCGCGGCGUCGCUCCGCCGAGUGUUCGCCCCAAAGGCGGUGGGCGCGUGGGCGCUCCACCGCGUGUGCGCGCCUUCGCCGGUGAACGCGUGCGUGCUCUUUUCCUCCAUUUCGGCGGUGCUCGGCGGCAGCGGCCAGGCCAACUACGCGGCGGCGAACUGCUGCCUCGACUCGCUGGGCGGCCGCCGGCGGCUGACCGGCUUGCGCGCGGCGAGCGUGCAGUGGGGCCCGUGGGCCGACUCUGGCAUGGCUGCGGGUGGCGCCGUGAAUGCGCGGCUGCAGGCGGGCGGGAUCGGCCUGAUCGGGUUGGCGCAGGGCGUCGUCGCCUUCAAGGCGGCGCUGCGGCCGGUCUGCCCGUCGGCGAUGUCGCUAUUUCCGGUGCGUUGGGGCCAGUACCUCGGCACGCGGGGCGGCGUCGUGCCCGGCCUGCUGAGCGCCUUUGCGGGGCGGGGCGGGGCCUCGUCCGGCGCGGCGGCGGCGGCGGCGGCGGCGGCGACCUCGACGUCGACAGCCGCGACGGUGAGCCUGGAGCUGGUGAUGCAGCUAGUGAAGCAGACGACGGGCGCCGACGCGAGUGCGGACGUGCCUCUGAUGGAGGCGGGGCUCGACUCGCUGGGGUCGGUGGAGCUCGGCAACCAGCUGAAAGCGCAUUCGGGUCAGAGCCUGCCGAGCACGCUCGUCUUCGAUUACCCCACCGCGCGCCAGCUGGCGGGCUACUUCGCCGAGCAGUCCGCCGCUGCGCCGGCGGCGGCGGCGGCGGCGGUGGCGGCGGCGGUCGGCCACUCUCGGUCGCAGGGCGCGUCGUCUCGUGCCGCGCGCGUGCGUGGCUUGAGCGCCAGUCUUCCGAUGAGCGUGUGCGGCGCUGUUGGCGCGCGGUUGCUCGCGUCGACGGGCCGGAGCGUGAUUUGCGAGGUUCCGCCGGAUCGUUGGGAGCUUGCGGCGGCGGCUCCGGACGACGCCAUUGGGCAGCGCAUUCGGCACGGCGGCUUCCUCCGCGACGCCGACCUCUUCGACAACGCCUUCUUCAGCGUCUCGCCGGCCGAGUCGGCGGCGAUGGACCCCCAGCAGCGGCUGCUCCUCGAGCACGGGUACGCGGCUCUGCUCGCGGCCGGUUUGGAGCGGGGCGCCCUGAUGGGCGGCGGCACCGGCGUCUUUCUCGGCAUCGCUGCGGCAGACUGGUAUGACAUCGUGAAGGCCUCGCCGAUGAGCCGGAGCGUGUACGCCGCCACGGGCAGCAGUCGGUCGAUAGCCGCGGGCCGCAUCUCCUUCGUGCUCGGCUUGCAGGGGCCAUGCGUGUCUUACGACACGGCCUGCUCUGCGGCGCUGGCUGCCAACCACGCUGCGUUGCGCGCGCUGCAGAUGGAGGAGUGUCCGGACGCGCUUUUGCUGGCAGUUAGCAUGAUGCUCCUUCCCGGCUUGGAGAUGUCGUUCGCCAUUGCGGGCAUGACCUCGGCGACGGGCAGCUGCAAGACGUUCGACCGCCGCGCCGAUGGGUACGCGCGCGGCGAGGCGAUCAGCGCAUUCGGCCUGCAGGCGCAGGCAGGCGAGGGCGGCUUGUCCGCGUCGAUCCUCGGCAGCUGCGUGCGGCAGGACGGCCGGAGCGCCAGCCUGACGGCGCCGAAUGGCCAGGCGCAGCGGAGCUUGCUCGAGGCCGCGCUCUCGGACGCCAGCACCGCCGCGUCGGCCGUCUGCUGCGUCGAGGCGCACGGGACGGGCACGCCUCUGGGCGACCCGAUCGAGACCCGCUCGAUGGCUGCCGCGGUGCUCGCGGCCCGGGGCGGCGCGGCGGAGCCGGCGAUUGGGAGCAUUAAGGCGAAUGCGGGCCAUGCCGAGCCGGCCGCGGGUAGCUCCGGCUUGCUGCGGCUCGCGUUGGGUCUCACUGGGCUCGAGGCUGCGCCCAACGCGCAGCUGCGCGUGCUCAACCCGCACGUGAGCUCGGCGCUCGAGGGCGCCUCGGGCGCCCUGCCGACGCAGCUCGUCACCACGCCUCAAAUGCGCGGUGACGCGGGCACUGCGGCCGGCGGGGUGAGCUCGUUUGGCUACAGCGGGACGAUCGUUCACGCCGUUGCGCAGUCGGAGUCGCCGCUGGCGGCGCUGGCGGUGGACGGGCUGCGCGAAGGCCUGUCGUACGCGCGCCGCCAUUACGGAUGGCGCGAGACGCCGCACCCGCUCGCGCAACGGCGGCUCGAGCGCGUGGAGAGCGGCGUUUCGGCGGUCCUUCGUUCUGAGGUGGAGGGAGCUUUGCGCGCCCUGAUUGCAGACCACGUCGUUCGAGGGAGCACCUUGUUCCCGGCGGCCGGCUACCUCGAGAUGGCGCGCGCAUCUUGGGGGUGCGUGCACUCCUCGUCGCCGGCGCGCCCGGGUGCAGCCUCGCUGCGGCGGGUGUACUUCUUGCAGCCGCUCGUACUCGCAGGCACGGCCUCCGUGGAGUGCUCCAUCGAUGCGGCGGGCGGCCGGUUUGAGGUCCGCAGCUUCCCGGUCGCGGAGGAGCCGUCGACGGCGCACUGCGCAGGGGCUGCCUCUGCUGUGGCGCACGCCGGCCAUGCGGCGUCUCUCGCGCGGCUGCGGUCCGUGGGCGGGCGUGCCGUGGACCUGUGUGCGCUGUACGAGACCCUCCGUGUGUCCGGACUCGAGUACGGCCCAGCCUACCGCACCCUGGAUGCGGCCUGGUCCUCGCCGGGCGCGGCGGUGGCCAGACUGCAGCGCCGCACGAGCUUGUGCGGCACUCAGGUGCACCCUGCGGACAUCGACGGCGCGCUGCACACGACAGCCUUGCUCGGGGAGCGCAAGGCGGGCGAGAUGCGCAAGGCGGGCGAGAUGCGCCUGCCCUUCUCGGUGGGCGAGGCGUCCCUCUCCCGAGCCUCGGGUUGGCUGUGGCCGGUGGCGGAGCUGAGGGGGUCGGGCGGGAUGGACGUGUGCAUUGGCGGCGCGUUUGACCUCCCGCCGCCAGUGCAGCUCGCCUCCUUUGAGGUGCGCGCCGUGGCGGCGGCGGCUCUGCAGGCGGCGGCGCCGCUGGUGCAGCAUCACUUGUACCAGACGGGAUGGCAGCGCGCUGGAGAGGGUGCGGCGGCGACGGCAGUGGGUCCACGCACGGUCUGGUCCGGGGCUGCUGGAUCGGCGGGGCCGCGUGCCUCUCCGACUGGCGCGAGCCACGCUUCGCGAGCCGCUGAUGUGGUGGCCGUCUCUGCGAUUGGUCUCCCCGGCCCGUUGGCGACGGCCGAGCUAGCGCUGAGGGCGGUGCAGGUCAGCGCGGCUUCGGCCGCGGCGACGCCCGUGUGGCUGCUGACUGCCGGUGGGCAGGCAGCCGCGCCCAUCCGCUUGCUCGGCACGUCGCACGCUGGUGUUUCCGCGCUUGCUCGUUGCGCACGGACAGAGGCGCCCUCGGCGUCGUUGGUGUGCUUGGACGUGGACGGCGCGCGGACGUGCUCUUCCCCGGCGACGCUUGUCCACGCCGCGGACUUGGCGGCGCGUCUUGGCGAGCCGGAGGCGGCGCUCGUUGGCAGCACUUUGACAGCGCCGAGGCUGCUGGCUGCGGCGCAGGCAUUGGCAGGGCCGAUAAGGCUGCACUUCGACGCGCGGGGCGCGUUGACGAAUCUGAGGGUGGUCUCACAGCCCGCGGGCGGCUGCGCCGCCGAGCCAGACGGAGUCGAGCUGCACGUGCGUUCGGUGGGCCUCAACUUCCGCGACGUGCUCAACGUGCUCGGCGCGUACCCCGGCGACCCGGGCCCGCCGGGCGGGGACUGCGCUGCGGUGGUGAGCUCCGUUGGCGCAGGCGUGGCGCACCUGCCGGUGGGGGCGCGGGUGCUGGGCCACGGCGUCGCGGCUCUUGCGUCCGUGUCUCGCGCGGACGCGCGGCUCGUGGCGCCGACCGGCGGGGUCCUCUCGGACGACGCCGCGUGCACGCUGCCGACGACGUGGAGCACGGUGCACAUGGCGCUGCUGGCGUCGCGGCCGCGCUCGACGGACAGGCUGCUGCUGCACGCGGGCGCGGGCGGCGUGGGCCUGGCGGCGGGCGAGUACGCGCAGUGGCUGCGCUCGCGUCCGAGCACGACGGUGGGCCAGCCGCAGAAGCACCGCUUUCUGCACCACGCGGGCUUCUGCGGCCGCACGCUGAGCUCGCGUGACGGCGGCGCCUUCGCGCUCGGCGCCUCGGCGCAGCUGCGCGGCUCGCGUCUGCGGGGCGUGCUCAACAGUCUGUCGGCGGACUUCAUCGUGUGCUCGUUCGCGCUGCUCGGCGAGGACGGCUGCCUGUGCGAGAUUGGCAAGCGCGCGGUGUGGAGCUACGAGCGGCACGAGGCGGCGGCGCACUCGCGGUACGUUGCGAUCGCGCUCGACUCGACGAUGGAGCAGGUGCCGUGGUGGAUGUGCCGGACGCUGCGCUUGCUGUCGUCCCGCGCGGAGGCGGACGUGCUGCACGGUCUUCCGCUGCGCGUGUUCGGUCUGGAGCGCGGCGCGCAGGCUGCUUUCCGCUGGAUGCAGGCGGGCUCCAACAUCGGCAAGGUCGUGAUCCGUGUGCCUGCGGCGGGCGACGCUGCGGUGGAGGGCUCGCACGUCCUGACGGGCGGGAGCGGCGCGCUUGGCGUCGUGACGGGUGCGUGGCUCUCGGAGAGCGGCGCGGGCGCGUUGGUGGUCGCAUCGCGCGGCGGCUCGAUCUCAGCGUCGGCGGGCGCGCGUCUGCGCAGCUCCGGCGUGUGCGAGGUGCGGGCGGCGCGGUGCGACGCGGGCGAGCCGUCCGAGGUGUCUCGCCUCUUUGCUGGCUUGCGCAUCGAUGGCGCGCCGCCCCUGCGUGGCGUGUGGCACGCGGCGGGCGUGUUGGCAGACGCGCUGCUUGCGUCGCAGAGCGCGGCGUCGCUCCGCCGAGUGUUCGCCCCAAAGGCGGUGGGCGCGUGGGCGCUCCACCGCGUGUGCGCGCCUUCGCCGGUGGACGCGUGCGUGCUCUUUUCCUCCAUUUCGGCGGUGCUCGGCGGCAGCGGCCAGGCCAACUACGCAGCGGCGAACUGCUGCCUCGACUCGCUGGGCGGCCGGCGGCGGCUGACCGGCUUGCGCGCGGCGAGCGUGCAGUGGGGCCCGUGGGCCGACUCUGGCAUGGCUGCGGGUGGCGCCGUGAAUGCGCGGCUGCAGGCGGGCGGGAUCGGCCUGAUCGGGUUGGCGCAGGGCGUCGUCGCCUUCAAGGCGGCGCUGCGGCCGGUCUGCCCGUCGGCGAUGUCGCUAUUUCCGGUGCGUUGGGGCCAGUACCUCGGCACGCGGGGCGGCGUCGUGCCCGCCCUGCUGAGCGCCUUUGCGGGGCGGGGCGGGGCCUCGUCCGGCGCGGCGGCGGCGGCGGCGGUGGCGGCGACCUCGACGUCGACAGCCGCGACGGUGAGCCUGGAGCUGGUGAUGCAGCUAGUGAAGCAGACGACGGGAGCCGACGCGAGUGCGGACGUGCCUCUGAUGGAGGCGGGGCUCGACUCGCUGGGGUCGGUGGAGCUCGGCAACCAGCUGAAAGCGCAUUCGGGUCAGAGCCUGCCGAGCACGCUCGUCUUUGACUACCCCACCGCGCGCCAGCUGGCGGGCUACUUCGCCGAGCAGUCCGCCGCUGCGCCGGCGGCGGCGGCGGCGGCGGUGGCGGCGCCGGUCGGCCACUCUCGGUCGCAGGGCGCGUCGUCUCGUGCCGCGCGCGUGCGUGGCUUGAGCGCCAGUCUUCCGAUGGGCGUGUGCGGCGCUGUUGGCGCGCGGUUGCUCGCGUCGACGGGCCGGAGCGUGAUUUGCGAGGUUCCGCCGGAUCGUUGGGAGCUUGCGGCGGCGGCUCCGGACGACGCCAUUGGGCAGCGCAUUCGGUACGGCGGCUUCCUCCGCGACGCCGACCUCUUCGACAACGCCUUCUUCAGCGUCUCGCCGGCCGAGUCGGCGGCGAUGGACCCCCAGCAGCGGCUGCUCCUCGAGCACGGGUACGCGGCUCUGCUCGCGGCCGGUCUGGAGCGGGGCGCCCUGAUGGGCGGCGGCACCGGCGUCUUUCUCGGCAUCGCUGCUGCUUCUACCGAAUGGUCGUAUCACGUUCGCGCCUCUCCGUAUCUAUCUCGCAGCGUGUACGCCGCAACGAGCAGCAGCCUUUCGAUAGCCGCGGGCCGCAUCUCCUUCGUGCUCGGCUUGCAGGGGCCAUGCGUGUCUUACGACACGGCCUGCUCUGCGGCGCUGGCUGCCAACCACGCUGCGUUGCGCGCGCUGCAGAUGGAGGAGUGUCCGGACGCGCUUUUGCUGGCAGUUAGCAUGAUGCUCCUUCCCGGCUUGGAGAUGUCGUUCGCCAUUGCGGGCAUGACCUCGGCGACGGGCAGCUGCAAGACGUUCGACCGCCGCGCCGAUGGGUACGCGCGCGGCGAGGCGAUCAGCGCAUUCGGCCUGCAGGCGCAGGCAGGCGAGGGCGGCUUGUCCGCGUCGAUCCUCGGCAGCUGCGUGCGGCAGGACGGCCGGAGCGCCAGCCUGACGGCGCCGAAUGGCCAGGCGCAGCGGAGCUUGCUCGAGGCCGCGCUCUCGGACGCCAGCACCGCCGCGUCGGCCGUCUGCUGCGUCGAGGCGCACGGGACGGGCACGCCUCUGGGCGACCCGAUCGAGACCCGCUCGAUGGCUGCCGCGGUGCUCGCGGCCCGGGGCGGCGCGGCGGAGCCGGCGAUUGGGAGCAUUAAGGCGAAUGCGGGCCAUGCCGAGCCGGCCGCGGGUAGCUCCGGCUUGCUGCGGCUCGCGUUGGGUCUCACUGGGCUCGAGGCUGCGCCCAACGCGCAGCUGCGCGUGCUCAACCCGCACGUGAGCUCGGCGCUCGAGGGCGCCUCGGGCGCCCUGCCGACGCAGCUCGUCACCACGCCUCAAAUGCGCGGUGACGCGGGCACUGCGGCCGGCGGGGUGAGCUCGUUUGGCUACAGCGGGACGAUCGUUCACGCCGUUGCGCAGUCGGAGUCGCCGCUGGCGGCGCUGGCGGUGGACGGGCUGCGCGAAGGCCUGUCGUACGCGCGCCGCCAUUACGGAUGGCGCGAGACGCCGCACCCGCUCGCGCAACGGCGGCUCGAGCGCGUGGAGAGCGGCGUUUCGGCGGUCCUUCGUUCUGAGGUGGAGGGAGCUUUGCGCGCCCUGAUUGCAGACCACGUCGUUCGAGGGAGCACCUUGUUCCCGGCGGCCGGCUACCUCGAGAUGGCGCGCGCAUCUUGGGGGUGCGUGCACUCCUCGUCGCCGGCGCGCCCGGGUGCAGCCUCGCUGCGGCGGGUGUACUUCUUGCAGCCGCUCGUACUCGCAGGCACGGCCUCCGUGGAGUGCUCCAUCGAUGCGGCGGGCGGCCGGUUUGAGGUCCGCAGCUUCCCGGUCGCGGAGGAGCCGUCGACGGCGCACUGCGCAGGGGCUGCCUCUGCUGUGGCGCACGCCGGCCAUGCGGCGUCUCUCGCGCGGCUGCGGUCCGUGGGCGGGCGUGCCGUGGACCUGUGUGCGCUGUACGAGACCCUCCGUGUGUCCGGACUCGAGUACGGCCCAGCCUACCGCACCCUGGAUGCGGCCUGGUCCUCGCCGGGCGCGGCGGUGGCCAGACUGCAGCGCCGCACGAGCUUGUGCGGCACUCAGGUGCACCCUGCGGACAUCGACGGCGCGCUGCACACGACAGCCUUGCUCGGGGAGCGCAAGGCGGGCGAGAUGCGCAAGGCGGGCGAGAUGCGCCUGCCCUUCUCGGUGGGCGAGGCGUCCCUCUCCCGAGCCUCGGGUUGGCUGUGGCCGGUGGCGGAGCUGAGGGGGUCGGGCGGGAUGGACGUGUGCAUUGGCGGCGCGUUUGACCUCCCGCCGCCAGUGCAGCUCGCCUCCUUUGAGGUGCGCGCCGUGGCGGCGGCGGCUCUGCAGGCGGCGGCGCCGCUGGUGCAGCAUCACUUGUACCAGACGGGAUGGCAGCGCGCUGGAGAGGGUGCGGCGGCGACGGCAGUGGGUCCACGCACGGUCUGGUCCGGGGCUGCUGGAUCGGCGGGGCCGCGUGCCUCUCCGACUGGCGCGAGCCACGCUUCGCGAGCCGCUGAUGUGGUGGCCGUCUCUGCGAUUGGUCUCCCCGGCCCGUUGGCGACGGCCGAGCUAGCGCUGAGGGCGGUGCAGGUCAGCGCGGCUUCGGCCGCGGCGACGCCCGUGUGGCUGCUGACUGCCGGUGGGCAGGCAGCCGCGCCCGCCCGCUUGCUCGGCACGUCGCACGCUGGUGUUUCCGCGCUUGCUCGUUGCGCACGGACAGAGGCGCCCUCGGCGUCGUUGGUGUGCUUGGACGUGGACGGCGCGCGGACGUGCUCUUCCCCGGCGACGCUUGUCCACGCCGCGGACUUGGCGGCGCGUCUUGGCGAGCCGGAGGCGGCGCUCGUUGGCAGCACUUUGACAGCGCCGAGGCUGCUGGCUGCGGCGCAGGCAUUGGCAGGGCCGAUAAGGCUGCACUUCGACGCGCGGGGCGCGUUGACGAAUCUGAGGGUGGUCUCACAGCCCGCGGGCGGCUGCGCCGCCGAGCCAGACGGAGUCGAGCUGCACGUGCGUUCGGUGGGCCUCAACUUCCGCGACGUGCUCAACGUGCUCGGCGCGUACCCCGGCGACCCGGGCCCGCCGGGCGGGGACUGCGCUGCGGUGGUGAGCUCCGUUGGCGCAGGCGUGGCGCACCUGCCGGUGGGGGCGCGGGUGCUGGGCCACGGCGUCGCGGCUCUUGCGUCCGUGUCUCGCGCGGACGCGCGGCUCGUGGCGCCGACCGGCGGGGUCCUCUCGGACGACGCCGCGUGCACGCUGCCGACGACGUGGAGCACGGUGCACAUGGCGCUGCUGGCGUCGCGGCCGCGCUCGACGGACAGGCUGCUGCUGCACGCGGGCGCGGGCGGCGUGGGCCUGGCGGCGGGCGAGUACGCGCAGUGGCUGCGCUCGCGUCCGAGCACGACGGUGGGCCAGCCGCAGAAGCACCGCUUUCUGCACCACGCGGGCUUCUGCGGCCGCACGCUGAGCUCGCGUGACGGCGGCGCCUUCGCGCUCGGCGCCUCGGCGCAGCUGCGCGGCUCGCGUCUGCGGGGCGUGCUCAACAGUCUGUCGGCGGACUUCAUCGUGUGCUCGUUCGCGCUGCUCGGCGAGGACGGCUGCCUGUGCGAGAUUGGCAAGCGCGCGGUGUGGAGCUACGAGCGGCACGAGGCGGCGGCGCACUCGCGGUACGUUGCGAUCGCGCUCGACUCGACGAUGGAGCAGGUGCCGUGGUGGAUGUGCCGGACGCUGCGCUUGCUGUCGUCCCGCGCGGAGGCGGACGUGCUGCACGGUCUUCCGCUGCGCGUGUUCGGUCUGGAGCGCGGCGCGCAGGCUGCGUUCCGCUGGAUGCAGGCGGGCUCCAACAUCGGCAAGGUCGUGAUCCGUGUGCCUGCGGCGGGCGACGCUGCGGUGGAGGGCUCGCACGUCCUGACGGGCGGGAGCGGCGCGCUUGGCGUCGUGACGGGUGCGUGGCUCUCGGAGAGCGGCGCGGGCGCGUUGGUGGUCGCAUCGCGCGGCGGCUCGAUCUCAGCGUCGGCGGGCGCGCGUCUGCGCAGCUCCGGCGUGUGCGAGGUGCGGGCGGCGCGGUGCGACGCGGGCGAGCCGUCCGAGGUGUCUCGCCUCUUUGCUGGCUUGCGCAUCGAUGGCGCGCCGCCCCUGCGUGGCGUGUGGCACGCGGCGGGCGUGUUGGCAGACGCGCUGCUUGCGUCGCAGAGCGCGGCGUCGCUCCGCCGAGUGUUCGCCCCGAAGGCGGUGGGCGCGUGGGCGCUCCACCGCGUGUGCGCGCCUUCGCCGGUGGACGCGUGCGUGCUCUUCUCUUCUGUUGCGGGCCUGUUGGGGAACAUGGGCCAGGCCAACUACGCGGCGGCGAACUGCUGCCUCGACUCGCUGGGCGGCCGGCGGCGGCUGACCGGCUUGCGCGCGGCGAGCGUGCAGUGGGGCCCGUGGGCCGACUCUGGCAUGGCUGCGGGUGGCGCCGUGAAUGCGCGGCUGCAGGCGGGCGGGAUCGGCCUGAUCGGGUUGGCGCAGGGCGUCGUCGCCUUCAAGGCGGCGCUGCGGCCGGUCUGCCCGUCGGCGAUGUCGCUAUUUCCGGUGCGUUGGGGCCAGUACCUCGGCACGCGGGGCGGCGUCGUGCCCGCCCUGCUGAGCGCCUUUGCGGGGCGGGGCGGGGCCUCGUCCGGCGCGGCGGCGGCGGCGGCGGUGGCGGCGACCUCGACGUCGACAGCCGCGACGGUGAGCCUGGAGCUGGUGAUGCAGCUAGUGAAGCAGACGACGGGCGCCGACGCGAGUGCGGACGUGCCUCUGAUGGAGGCGGGGCUCGACUCGCUGGGGUCGGUGGAGCUCGGCAACCAGCUGAAAGCGCAUUCGGGUCAGAGCCUGCCGAGCACGCUCGUCUUUGACUACCCCACCGCGCGCCAGCUGGCGGGCUACUUCGCCGAGCAGUCCGCCGCUGCGCCGGCGGCGGCGGCGGCGGCGGUGGCGGCGGCGGUCGGCCACUCUCGGUCGCAGGGCGCGUCGUCUCGUGCCGCGCGCGUGCGUGGCUUGAGCGCCAGUCUUCCGAUGAGCGUGUGCGGCGCUGUUGGCGCGCGGUUGCUCGCGUCGACGGGCCGGAGCGUGAUUUGCGAGGUUCCGCCGGAUCGUUGGGAGCUUGCGGCGGCGGCUCCGGACGACGCCAUUGGGCAGCGCAUUCGGCACGGCGGCUUCCUCCGCGACGCCGACCUCUUCGACAACGCCUUCUUCAGCGUCUCGCCGGCCGAGUCGGCGGCGAUGGACCCCCAGCAGCGGCUGCUCCUCGAGCACGGGUACGCGGCUCUGCUCGCGGCCGGUUUGGAGCGGGGCGCCCUGAUGGGCGGCGGCACCGGCGUCUUUCUCGGCAUCGCUGCGGCAGACUGGUAUGACAUCGUGAAGGCCUCGCCGAUGAGCCGGAGCGUGUACGCCGCCACGGGCAGCAGUCGGUCGAUAGCCGCGGGCCGCAUCUCCUUCGUGCUCGGCUUGCAGGGGCCAUGCGUGUCUUACGACACGGCCUGCUCUGCGGCGCUGGCUGCCAACCACGCUGCGUUGCGCGCGCUGCAGAUGGAGGAGUGUCCGGACGCGCUGGUUGCCGGCGUGAGUCUCGUCCUCUUGCCAGAGGUGAGCAUCAACUUUGCCACCGCGGGCAUGACCUCGGCGACGGGCAGCUGCAAGACGUUCGACCGCCGCGCCGAUGGGUACGCGCGCGGCGAGGCGAUCAGCGCAUUCGGCCUGCAGGCGCAGGCAGGCGAGGGCGGCUUGUCCGCGUCGAUCCUCGGCAGCUGCGUGCGGCAGGACGGCCGGAGCGCCAGCUUGACGGCGCCGAAUGGCCAGGCGCAGCGGAGCUUGCUCGAGGCCGCGCUCUCGGACGCCAGCACCGCCGCGUCGGCCGUCUGCUGCGUCGAGGCGCACGGGACGGGCACGCCUCUGGGCGACCCGAUCGAGACCCGCUCGAUGGCUGCCGCGGUGCUCGCGGCCCGGGGCGGCGCGGCGGAGCCGGCGAUUGGGAGCAUUAAGGCGAAUGCGGGCCAUGCCGAGCCGGCCGCGGGUAGCUCCGGUUUGCUGCGGCUCGCGUUGGGUCUCACUGGGCUCGAGGCUGCGCCCAACGCGCAGCUGCGCGUGCUCAACCCGCACGUGAGCUCGGCGCUCGAGGGCGCCUCGGGCGCCCUGCCGACGCAGCUCGUCACCACGCCUCAAAUGCGCGGUGACGCGGGCGCUGCGGCCGGCGGGGUGAGCUCGUUUGGCUACAGCGGGACGAUCGUUCACGCCGUUGCGCAGUCGGAGUCGCCGCUGGCGGCGCUGGCGGUGGACGGGCUGCGCGAAGGCCUGUCGUACGCGCGCCGCCAUUACGGAUGGCGCGAGACGCCGCACCCGCUCGCGCAACGGCGGCUCGAGCGCGUGGAGAGCGGCGUUUCGGCGGUCCUUCGUUCUGAGGUGGAGGGAGCUUUGCGCGCCCUGAUUGCAGACCACGUCGUUCGAGGGAGCACCUUGUUCCCGGCGGCCGGCUACCUCGAGAUGGCGCGCGCAUCUUGGGGGUGCGUGCACUCCUCGUCGCCGGCGCGCCCGGGUGCAGCCUCGCUGCGGCGGGUGUACUUCUUGCAGCCGCUCGUACUCGCAGGCACGGCCUCCGUGGAGUGCUCCAUCGAUGCGGCGGGCGGCCGGUUUGAGGUCCGCAGCUUCCCGGUCGCGGAGGAGCCGUCGACGGCGCACUGCGCAGGGGCUGCCUCUGCUGUGGCGCACGCCGGCCAUGCGGCGUCUCUCGCGCGGCUGCGGUCCGUGGGCGGGCGUGCCGUGGACCUGUGUGCGCUGUACGAGACCCUCCGUGUGUCCGGACUCGAGUACGGCCCAGCCUACCGCACCCUGGAUGCGGCCUGGUCCUCGCCGGGCGCGGCGGUGGCCAGACUGCAGCGCCGCACGAGCUUGUGCGGCACUCAGGUGCACCCUGCGGACAUCGACGGCGCGCUGCACACGACAGCCUUGCUCGGGGAGCGCAAGGCAGGCGAGAUGCGCAAGGCGGGCGAGAUGCGCCUGCCCUUCUCGGUGGGCGAGGCGUCCCUCUCCCGAGCCUCGGGUUGGCUGUGGCCGGUGGCGGAGCUGAGGGGGUCGGGCGGGAUGGACGUGUGCAUUGGCGGCGCGUUUGACCUCCCGCCGCCAGUGCAGCUCGCCUCCUUUGAGGUGCGCGCCGUGGCGGCGGCGGCUCUGCAGGCGGCGGCGCCGCUGGUGCAGCAUCACUUGUACCAGACGGGAUGGCAGCGCGCUGGAGAGGGUGCGGCGGCGACGGCAGUGGGUCCACGCACGGUCUGGUCCGGGGCUGCUGGUGCGGCGGGGCCGCGUGCCUCUCCGACUGGCGCGAGCCACGCUUCGCGAGCCGCUGAUGUGGUGGCCGUCUCUGCGAUUGGUCUCCCCGGCCCGUUGGCGACGGCCGAGCUAGCGCUGAGGGCGGUGCAGGUCAGCGCGGCUUCGGCCGCGGCGACGCCCGUGUGGCUGCUGACUGCCGGUGGGCAGGCAGCCGCGCCCAUCCGCUUGCUCGGCACGUCGCACGCUGGUGUUUCCGCGCUUGCUCGUUGCGCACGGACAGAGGCGCCCUCGGCGUCGUUGGUGUGCUUGGACGUGGACGGCGCGCGGACGUGCUCUUCCUCGGCGACGCUUGUCCACGCCGCGGACUUGGCGGCGCGUCUUGGCGAGCCGGAGGCGGCGCUCGUUGGCAGCACUUUGACAGCGCCGAGGCUGCUGGCUGCGGCGCAGGCAUUGGCAGGGCCGAUAAGGCUGCACUUCGACGCGCGGGGCGCGUUGACGAAUCUGAGGGUGGUCUCACAGCCCGCGGGCGGCUGCGCCGCCGAGCCAGACGGAGUCGAGCUGCACGUGCGUUCGGUGGGCCUCAACUUCCGCGACGUGCUCAACGUGCUCGGCGCGUACCCCGGCGACCCGGGCCCGCCGGGCGGGGACUGCGCUGCGGUGGUGAGCUCCGUUGGCGCAGGCGUGGCGCACCUGCCGGUGGGGGCGCGGGUGCUGGGCCACGGCGUCGCGGCUCUUGCGUCCGUGUCUCGCGCGGACGCGCGGCUCGUGGCGCCGACCGGCGGGGUCCUCUCGGACGACGCCGCGUGCACGCUGCCGACGACGUGGAGCACGGUGCACAUGGCGCUGCUGGCGUCGCGGCCGCGCUCGACGGACAGGCUGCUGCUGCACGCUGGCGCGGGCGGCGUGGGCCUGGCGGCGGGCGAGUACGCGCAGUGGCUGCGCUCGCGUCCGAGCACGACGGUGGGCCAGCCGCAGAAGCACCGCUUUCUGCACCACGCGGGCUUCUGCGGCCGCACGCUGAGCUCGCGUGACGGCGGCGCCUUCGCGCUCGGCGCCUCGGCGCAGCUGCGCGGCUCGCGUCUGCGGGGCGUGCUCAACAGUCUGUCGGCGGACUUCAUCGCGUGCUCGUUCGCGCUGCUCGGCGAGGACGGCUGCCUGUGCGAGAUUGGCAAGCGCGCGGUGUGGAGCUACGAGCGGCACGAGGCGGCGGCGCACUCGCGGUACGUUGCGAUCGCGCUCGACUCGACGAUGGAGCAGGUGCCGUGGUGGAUGUGCCGGACGCUGCGCUUGCUGUCGUCCCGCGCGGAGGCGGACGUGCUGCACGGUCUUCCGCUGCGCGUGUUCGGUCUGGAGCGCGGCGCGCAGGCUGCUUUCCGCUGGAUGCAGGCGGGCUCCAACAUCGGCAAGGUCGUGAUCCGUGUGCCUGCGGCGGGCGACGCUGCGGUGGAGGGCUCGCACGUCCUGACGGGCGGGAGCGGCGCGCUUGGCGUCGUGACGGGUGCGUGGCUCUCGGAGAGCGGCGCGGGCGCGUUGGUGGUCGCAUCGCGCGGCGGCUCGAUCUCAGCGUCGGCGGGCGCGCGUCUGCGCAGCUCCGGCGUGUGCGAGGUGCGGGCGGCGCGGUGCGACGCGGGCGAGCCGUCCGAGGUGUCUCGCCUCUUUGCUGGCUUGCGCAUCGAUGGCGCGCCACCCCUGCGUGGCGUGUGGCACGCGGCGGGCGUGUUGGCAGACGCGCUGCUUGCGUCGCAGAGCGCGGCGUCUCUCCGCCGAGUGUUCGCCCCAAAGGCGGUGGGCGCGUGGGCGCUCCACCGCGUGUGCGCGCCUUCGCCGGUGGACGCGUGCGUGCUCUUUUCCUCCAUUUCGGCGGUGCUCGGCGGCAGCGGCCAGGCCAACUACGCGGCGGCGAACUGCUGCCUCGACUCGCUGGGCGGCCGGCGGCGGCUGACCGGCUUGCGCGCGGCGAGCGUGCAGUGGGGCCCGUGGGCCGACUCUGGCAUGGCUGCGGGUGAUGCCAUUCGGUCUCGACUCGAGGUGGCUGGGAUGGGCCUGAUCGGGUUGGCGCAGGGCGUCGUCGCCUUCAAGGCGGCGCUGCGGCCGGUCUGCCCGUCGGCGAUGUCGCUAUUUCCGGUGCGCUGGGGCCAGUACCUCGGCACGCGGGGCGGCGUCGUGCCCGCCCUGCUGAGCGCCUUUGCGGGGCGGGGCGGGGCCUCGUCCGGCGCGGCGGCGGCGGCGGCGGUGGCGGCGACCUCGACGUCGACAGCCGCGACGGUGAGCCUGGAGCUGGUGAUGCAGCUAGUGAAGCAGACGACGGGCGCCGACGCGAGUGCGGACGUGCCUCUGAUGGAGGCGGGGCUCGACUCGCUGGGGUCGGUGGAGCUCGGCAACCAGCUGAAAGCGCAUUCGGGUCAGAGCCUGCCGAGCACGCUCGUCUUUGACUACCCCACCGCGCGCCAGCUGGCGGGCUACUUCGCCGAGCAGUCCGCCGCUGCGCCGGCGGCGGCGGCGGCGGCGGCGCCGGUAAGCGGUGGACAGCCUGACGUCUGCACCUCGCUCGUCGGGGUAGCAGCAACGCUACCUCGAGGCGCAGCGACCAUCGAGUCCUUCCGCGACUUCGUUGCCUGUGCCUCAAACGGGAUAUCGGAGGUGCCGGAAGGUCGUUGGCCGCUGCAAGAUAUCACGAGCGCUGCAGGGCAAGUGGAGCGGCGCGUUCGCCAUGGCGGCUUCUUGCAAAGUGUUGAGCUCUUCGACAACGCGUCAUUCGGCGUCUCGCCAGUUGAGGCGAAUGCGAUGGAUCCUCAGCAGCGGAUGCUACUGGAGCUGGCCUACGAAUCGUUGCACGGCGCGGGCUGGGACAAGCCAACCUUGGUCGGGCGCGGGACGGGAAUUUUCGUAGCCAUUGCCAACAACGACUGGUCGGACAUCGUCAAGGCAUCCGCGAUGAUUCGCAGCGUGUACAGCGCGACAGGUGCAAGCAUGUCUAUUGCCUCCGGCCGCAUCUCAUUCGUGCUCGGGCUCCAAGGCCCAUGCGUGUCGUACGACACGGCCUGUUCGGCUGCGUUGGCUGCCAAUCACGCUGCGCUGCGCGCGCUCCAGUUUGAGGAGUGUGAAGAGGGACUCGUCUCGGGCGUGAGCUUGAUGCUCAUGCCAGCAACAUCGUGGAGCUUUGCGAUGGCGGGCAUGACAUCCCCCAACGGACGCUGCCACACGUUCGAUCGCCGUGCGGACGGCUACGCCCGUGCGGAAGCUUGCUGCUCGUUCGCUCUCGCGUCAACGCCGGUGAAUCGAUCGUCCCUGUCCGUGAUGGGAAGCGCUGUGCGACAGGACGGGAAGAGUGCCAGCCUCACCGCGCCGAACGGCCUGGCUCAGCAGGGGCUGCUUCUUGCGUCGAUGGUCGACGCUGCGGUGUCGCCGUCCAUGCUCUCAAUGCUUGAGGCGCACGGAACAGGUACCGCCCUUGGGGACCCCAUCGAAGUGCGAUCCUUGGCUGUGGCUGUGUUGCGCGCCUGCAGUGGCCCCCUACUUGCACUAGGAAGUGCCAAGGCAAACGUGGGCCAUGCCGAGCCAGCAGCCGGCGCAACGGGACUCGUCAGACUGGUCACAGGGCUUCGCCAUCGCGAUGCCCCGCCCAACGCUCAGCUGCGCCUCAUCAACCCGCACGCCAGCUCAGCCAUGGAUGGCGCUAUCGUCGCGUUGCCUGUCCAUCUGAGCCAGCCGUCUCCCACUGUCAGUGGCGAGUCGUCGAUGAUCGGAGGAGUGAGUUCCUUCGGAUACAGCGGCACGAUUGCCCACGCCCUGCUCUGCAGCGAUCAAGCAACUGCGCCGCUCGAAGCACCUCAAGCGAAGCUGCGCUUCAGCCGAAAGGCCUUCUGCUGGAAGGGCCGAGCGCCAGUCUCCACGUCCGUACAUCUCGGCAUCCACACCGACGCGGAUUCGACGACUCGCGUGUGGGACCGCAAGAUGGGCGCCGCCGAGUUCAGCUUCCACGGCGGCCACCAGAUUGGCUUCGUGCCGCUCGUCGCCGGCACGUCGUACAUCGUCCUUGUGCGCGAGGUCAUGUCGACCACGCACCCGGGCAAGCCGUUUCGCAUCGACCGGACCGUCUUCCACGGCUUCUGCUUUCUCGACGACGAGCACACGCAGCUUUCACAGAAGCUCACGCUCGACCUCAAGACGGACCUGCUUAGCAUCGCCUCAUACACAAACGAGAACCCGGCCGAGACGGUGCAUGCCGAGAUGCGUUGCCGCCCGAUGGAGUUGCGGCCAGAGCACAGGGUCAAGCUCGAUGUGGAGGGCGCCAUCGCGCGCGCGACCAACGUCACGUACAAGGACGAGUUUUACGCCACCAUCGGCAACAAUUACCAGGGCGAGUUCAAGACGGUCGAGCAGGCAUGGACCCGUCGCGGUUUCGAUUCGGUCCACGGCCGUCCUCAUUUAGAGGCACUGCCGUGCUGCUACGCCUAUGUCGGCGGCGGUGCCGGCGGUCAGGACACGCGGCUGGCGCCGCGCCCAACCGACGGUCCCGAGGUCGUAGCACGCAUCGAGUUCGGGCAUACCAACACGGACCCGUGCCUGCGCGGCGGUGCGUGGCUCGACGCGACCAACCAGCCGGGCGCGCUGAUGUCGCAGCUCGACGUCGACGCAAAGGCGUGCUGGCCAAAGGACCUGCUGGGCCGGCCUUACUUUGCGGCGGCGAUCAAAUCGUACGAGGUACUCGACACCGACCUCAAGCAGACGGCGACGAUGUGGGGACACCAUUUCACGCCUACCGAGAUCGACGGCCAGCCUGUCGACUCGCUCGCAAACAUCUACAACAGCAGCAAGAAGCUCGUCGUGCAGAUCCACAACGGCGAGAUGGGCACCCUCGUGCCCGGCUUGCUCGAGGCAAGCCGAGGGCGGCGUCACAUGUACGAGUGCGAAUGGACGCCCGUCCCCGCAGAGGAGGGCGUAAGCUCCUCUCAGUCUUGGCUCUGGCUCGGAGAUGACGCCUUGGCCAAUGCCGCUGGCGCUUGCACUCUGACUGCAGCACGGCGGUGGAGCGAGUCUCUCCGCAGCCCGGUCGCAUCAGGCCUCGCAGUCUCGGCCACAACAGGAGGUUCGAGGCGCCGAGCAAACCUCUUGCUUCUCGAGGCCGCGGCGUGCGUUCUCGCCAACGAGAUGGUAGUCGACGCCAAGCCUCCUCUCACUUGGGUGAUCUCCUACCUUCCUGAUCUCCGCGGGCUUACCCGCUCGGCUCGAGGCGAAGCGCGCAGCCUCCCGCUACGACAUCUGGGUCUUGAUUCGCGCCUCGAUGUCGCGUCUCCGGACAGCGCCGCGCUGGCCGUCCAAUCGGUCGUUUGCUCCACGGCCGACGGUGACGAGCCCGAGCUGCGGGUGACUCGCGGUACAGCCACGGCGCCGCGUCUCGUCGCUGUCUCUGUAAACGCGCUCAAGAACCCCAACACAAGGCGCUCGCGCCACAUGGGCGCGCUUCAGCUCAUCACGGGCGGGACCGGCGGCCUUGGCCUCAUUGCCGCUGAGUGGCUCGCCCUCAACGGCUCGACUGGCCUUGUGCUGGUCUCGCGCGGCGGCAAGGUGUCCACGUCGUCGGCCAAGCUCCUCGUUGCAAACCAGAGCACCCGCUUUUACGCCGCCGCGUGCGACGCGGCCGAGGCGACAGACUUGCAGCACACCAUCGCGGGCGUGGUCGCUGGCAGCAGGCCACGCCUCCGCGGUGUGUGGCAUGCCGCCGGGGUGCUUUCGGAUGGGCUGCUCACCGCUAUGUCGGCAGCGUCGCUCAAGCGCGUCUACUCGCCAAAGGCCCACGCCGGCUGGAGCCUGCAGCAGGCUUGCGCCACGUCGCCGCUCGACGCGAUGGUGCUCUUCUCCUCCGUCGCCGCCAUGAUGGGCUCGGCUGGCCAAAGCAACUACGCGGCGGCCAACAGCUGCCUUGACGCUAUGGCCGCCGACCGCCGCUCAAACGGCCAGGCCGCUUCCUCGGUGCAGUGGGGGCCAUGGGCGGACGUUGGUAUGGCGGCCGGCGGCGGUGUCAACGCGCGCCUGCAAGCGAUGGGCAUCGGGCUCAUUUCAAUUGGGCAGGGCGUCACCGCCUUCCGUGCGUCGAUGCAGUUCCGCGCGCCAGCAACGUUUUCGCUUUACGUUGUCCGAUGGGGCCAGUUUCUUGGCCUGUUGCCAGAGGUGCCGGCCAUGCUCGCUGGUCUCCUGCCGAAGAUGUCGACCGUGCGGAUGGUCUCCGGCGGCGGCGGUGGUAGCGGCGGCUUGAGCGUCAACGCGGUUUCGCUGACGCAGAUCCAAGACAUCCUGAAGAACACGACGGGCGGCGAAGUCGACCCCGACGCGCCGCUGAUGGAGGCCGGCCUCGACUCGCUCGGCGCGGUCGAGCUGCGCAACCAGCUGCAGGCGGCGGCAGGUGAGGGCGUACAGCUCCCGGGCACGCUAAUCUUUGACGCGCCGACCGCACGCGCCCUCUCGAGCUACUUCAAGGAGCUCGCCGAGGAAGAGUCGGCUGACGCCGGCGUGGGCGGCAUCGAGAUCUCCGCCUCGUCGGCGCACGCGCUGACAGGGACGAGCAUCCGGCUGCCGGCGCACGUCAAUACGCUCGCGCGCCUCUCGAAGAUGCUCAUCAACGGCCUCGACGUGUGCGGCGAGGUGCCCCUCACGCGCUGGGACGUCGAGGAGGCGGUUGCCGGCGCCGCCGCCGACGGUAUCUCCGAGGUUGUGCAGAAGCGGAUGCGGCACGGCGCCUUCAUCGACCACGCCGACCUCUUCGACGCGAACUUCUUCGCCGUCUCGCCCGCCGAGACGAUGGCGAUGGACCCGCAGCAGCGCUGCUGCCUCGAGCACGGCUACGAGGCGCUGCACGCCGCCGGGAUCGGCAAGUCGGAGCUGAACGGCGCCGACGUCGGCGUCUACCUGGGCUUCUCGUGCCAGGACUUUGCCACGGUGCUGCAGGGCACCGCCGUCAAAACCUCCGUCUACUCGGCGACCGGCUCCUCGCAGUCGAUCGCGUCGGGCCGCCUCUCCUUCGCGCUCGGCCUGCAGGGGCCGUGCACGCUCAUCGACACCGCCUGCUCUGCCGGCCUGACCGCCACGUCCAUCGCAUGCGGCGCGCUCACCCUCGGCGAGUGCCCCUUCGCGGUCGUGCUCGCCGUCAACAUCAUGAUGGUGACCGACGUGCAUCGUGCCUUUGGCCUCGCCGGCAUGACCUCGCCGCGCGGCCGCUGCCACACCUGGGACGCGGGUGCCGAUGGCUACUGCCGCUCGGACAACUGCGGCGGCGCCGUCAUCAUGCGCGGCAGGGAGGACGAGACGCCGGCGAUCGCGCUGCCUGGCACGGCGGUGCGGUGCGACGGCAAGUCGGCCUCGCUCACCGCGCCCAACGGGCAGGCGCAGAAGAAGGUGAUCCAGGCGGCGAUGGGCAUUGCGGGCGUGCGCGGCAACGAGGUGCAAACCUCGCAGGCGCACGGCACCGGCACCGCGCUCGGCGACCCGAUCGAGAUUGGCUCGACGGUGGGCGCCGCGUUCAAGCACCACAAGGACGCUGGCUACGCGGCGAGCUUCACCUCGGUUAAGGCCAACGCGGGCCACGCCGAGCCGGGCGCCGGCUUCGGCGGCAUGGUCUGCCUGCUGAUGGCCGUCCGCGACAAGAUGGUCGCGCCAAACAUCCAGCUGCGCGCGAUGAACCCGCACGUCUCGCAGGCGCUCGGUGGCAUCAACGCAAACAUCGGCACGCAGACGGGGCCGGUGCUGAUGGACCCCAAGCUGGGCGCGAUGUGCGGCGGCGUCUCCUCGUUUGGCUACUCGGGCACCAUCUGCCACGCCAUCGUACGUGUGGCGCACUCGGAGCUCGCGAAGCUCUCGCCGCCAGCCGAGAAGCUCGUCUACCGGCGGCUUGUCUUUGCGUGGCGCGAGGACGUCAACGUGCUGCUUCAGCAGCGGCUCAGGUCGUCCGACGGCGCCGUCGAGGACACCUUCUUCUCGCCCGCACGAGGCCCCUUUGUCAAGCUUGUGUGCGACCACCAGGUGAAGGGCCACAUCGUAUUCCCGGGCGCCGGCUACCUCGAGAUGGCGCGCGCGGCCUGCUGCGCCGUCAACAAGGCCAAGGGGGCGGUGCUCAAGCGCGCCUACUUCCUGCAGCCGCUCAUGCUCGACGCGACCGACUGCCUGGUGGUCACGUGUGACGUGGACGCGGGCGGCGAGCGCUUCGAGAUCUCCUCCAAGAUGGAGGGUGGCGACAAGUUGGUGCACUGCGCUGGCGGCAUGGGUGCGAUGGUGGGCAAGGCGCCGCUUGGCCCGCAGCCCGCCGCCGUGCGCGAGCUCACCGGCACCUCGGCCGCGCUCGAGCACACCGCGCUGUACACGGCGCUGCGCGAGGGCGGACUCGAGUACGGGCCCGAGUUUCGCAUGCUGGCGCGCGUCUACGCCUACAAGGAGGGCGGCCUCGCGAUGGCGCACCUCUCGCGCCGACGGCACCGGCACGGCACGAAGGUGCAUCCGGCCGACCUCGACGGCGCGAUCCAGCUCACGUCGACGCUGGUGGACACCUCCUCCGGCGAGACGCGCCUCCCCUUCAUGGUGGCGGAGGCCGCCCUCACCUCCGCCGCGGGCUGGAUGUGCGCCGCGGUGCAGCGCGAGAGCGGCGAUGAGACCACGGUCAUGAUGAGCGGCCCCGCGGGUAAGGAGGCGAUGGCGAAGCUGUCGGGUUUCGAGAGCCGCGUGCUCAAGGCGUUGACGGCGCCGGAGGUUGCCAGGGAGUUGCACAUGUACGUCACGCAGUGGGAGGCGCUAAACGCGCCCGCCGCGGGCACGGAGGCCUUCUCGCCGGCGCUGAUGCUCGGCGGCACUACCGUGGCGCGUCUGGCGGCGGGCAGCAUCGGCCUCGUCCCGCCCUCGGCACCGAGCAGCGUGCUCUUCUCGCUCACGAUGGAGAGCGGCGGCGUCUCGCCUGCGAUGCUGCCUGGCAUCGAGGCCGCCUUCGACCUCGUCCGGCAGCAGCUGCACGGCAAGCCGGCGCCGACCUGGCUGCUCACGUCUGGGGCGCAGGCCUCGAGCCACGGCAGCUCGGCGCGCCCGUCCUUCGCCGGCGUGAUGGGCCUCGCGCGCUCGGCGCGGCAAGAGUCACCGGCCGCCAAGCUGUCGUGCCUUGACGUGUCUGCUUUGACAAACGUGCUGCUCACUGCGGCGCGGUCGGCGCUCAAGGACGGCCAGCACUCCGAGCCCGAGAUGUCCGUCAAUGACGGCGUCCGCCGCGUCCCGCGCCUUGCGCCGGCGGCGCAGGCGCUGGGCGGCCCGAUCAAGCUGCACUUCGACGCACGCGGCGCGAUUAGCAACCUGCGCGUCGUGAGCCAAGUUGAUGACAACGCGGCGAUGGCGGCAGGAGAGGCGAACCUGCGCGUGCGCGCGGUCGGCCUCAACUUCCGCGACGUGCUCAACGUGCUCGGUGCCUACCCCGGCGACCCAGGCCCGCCGGGCGGCGACUGUGCAGCCGUGGUGUCCGCCGUUGGCUCAGGCAUCUCGCACCUCAAGGUUGGCGACGCGGCGCUCGGCCACGGCCUGGCUGCGCUCGCCUCCCUGUCCAAGAGCGACGGCCGCCUGCUGGCGGCGAUCGACAAGUCGCUCUCGUUCGAGCAGGCCUGCACGCUGCCGACGGCGUGGUGCACGGUGCACAUGUCGCUGCUCGCGGCCCGGCCGGCGGCUGGCCACGACGUGCUUCUGCACGCUGGCGCGGGCGGCGUCGGCCUGACCUCGCAAGAGUACUGCCACUUCAUCGGCAACCGCGCGAUGGCGAACGUCGGCCGGCCGUACAAGCACUUCUACCUGCACAAGAUGGGCCUCGCCGGCCGCACGCUCAGCUCGCGCGACGGCGGCGCCUUUGCGCUGGGCGCGUCGAAGCUGCUUCGCUCCGGCCGGCUGCGCUUCUCGCUCAACAGCCUGUCGGCGGACUUCAUCGCGUGCACCUUCGCGCUGCUGCGGCAGGACGGCAAUCUCUGCGAGAUCGGCAAGCGGGCGGUGUGGAGCUACGAGCGGCACGAGGCGGCGUGCUGCAACCACUUCACGAUGAUCGCGCUCGACUCGACGAUCGACCAGACGCCGUGGUGGAUGUGCGGCACGCUGCGGACGCUGUCUGCGCGCGCGGAUGCGUUCGUGCUCCACGGCUUGCCCAUGGAGCUCUUCGACCUCGAGAAGAACGUCCUGGCCGCCUUCCGCACGCUGCAGGGCGGCGCCAACACCGGCAAGGUGGUGGUGCGCAUCCCGAAGACGGCCCCGACGCCGCCGCGCGGGACCCACCUGCUGUCUGGCGGCACGGGCGGCCUCGGCCUCGUCACGGGCAAGUGGCUCGGCGAGGGCGGCGCCUCCUCGGUGGUGCUCGCGGCCCGCGGCGGCAAGGUCGCCCCCGCGGACGGCGAGAAGCUCAGGAAGAUCGCCGAGUGCAGCUUCAGCGUGGUCAAGUGCGACGCGGCCGAGCUGACGGACACGGCUCGCACGGUCGGCGCCAUCCUGGCCAAGGGCAGCACGCUGGCGGGCGUGUGGCACGCGGCGGGCGUGCUGUCGGACGGGCUGCUGCGCGGCCAGACGGCCUCGUCGAUCAAGCGCGUGUACGCCCCCAAGGCGUGCGGUGCCUUCUCCUUGCAGCAGGCGUGCGCCACGUCGGCUCUCGACGCGUGCGUCAUGUUCUCGUCCCUGGCGGCGAUGAUUGGAGGCGGCGGGCAGACCAAUUACUCGGCGGCCAACAGCACCCUAGACGCGCUCGGGGCCUGCCGCCGCAAGCGCAGCCAGGCGGCGGCCAGCAUCCAGUGGGGCCCGUGGGCGGACAUCGGCAUGGCGGCGGACCCGUCGGUGAACGCGCGGCUGCAGGCCGGCGGCGUUGGCCUCGUCACCAUGAAGGAGGGCGUCGCCGCCUUCAGCGCGUCGCUGACUCCGCGCGGCCCUGCAGUCCUCGGCACGACCGUGCUCAAGUGGUCCAAGUUCCUCUCGACGAUGCCGGAGGUGCCGCCGCUGAUGUCGGCCUUUGCCUCUCACAAGAAGGCCACCGGCGCGGCGGUCGCGGCCAGCACGGAGAAGAAGGCGGUGGGCAUGGACUUCAUCGUCGAGGCCGUUCGCCAGACAACGGGCGGCAAGGUCGACCCCGACGCGCCGCUGAUGGAGGCUGGCCUCGACUCGCUCGGCGCGGUCGAGCUGGGCAACCAGCUGCAGGCGCAGUCGGGCAUGACGCUGCCGUCGACGCUCAUCUUCGACUACCCGACGGCGCGCCAGCUGGCGAGCUACUUCGAGAGCACUGCCACGCCCGCGGGCAGCAAUAAGGCGGCUCCCGCCGCCACCGCCGGCGGCGCCGACAGCCCGACCAAGAAGAUGUCGUCGAGCGUGGUCCGCAUCGGCGGCAUGUCUGCGCUUGGGCCCAAGGGAGUGGUGACGCUUAUCGAGCUGACCGGCAUGGCAAACUGCGGCACGCCCGUCACCGAGGAGGUGCCCCACUCGCGCUGGUCGCUCGCCCCGCUCCCCGCUGACGCCGACGACCUCUCGCGCCGCGUGCGGCAUGGCAGCUGGCUGCGUGACGCCGACUUUUUUGACAACAUGUUCUUCGCCGUCUCGCCCGCCGAGGCGGCGGCGAUGGACCCGCAGCAGCGGCUGCUGCUCGAGGGCGGCUACGAGGCGCUGCACGCCGCGUCGCUCGAGAAGGCGGCCAUCAUGGGCUGCGUCGUUGGUGUGUUCGUCGGCAUCGCAAACGCCGACUACGGCGACCUCGUCAAGAUGUCGCCCAUUGGCCGCUCCGUGUACUCCGCCACCGGCAGCAGUCACUCCGUCGCCGCGGGCCGUGUCUCGUUUGCACUCGGGCUGCAGGGACCCUGUGCCGCCUAUGACACCGCCUGCUCGGCGGCGCUGGUGGCCAACCACGCCGGCAUGCGUGCGCUGCAAAUGAACGAGUGCGUCACCGGCCUCGUCUCGGGCGUGAGUAUUAUGCUCCUGCCCGGGGUCCACAUCUCAUUCGGCACGGCGGGCAUGACCUCGCCCAACGGAAAAUGCCACACCUUCGACAAGCGCGCCGACGGCUACUGCCGCGGCGAGGCAUGCGGCUCGGUCGCCCUGAGGACCACGGCGACGAAGGGGGUGGUCACGCUGCCUCUCUUGGGCAGCUGUGUGCGGCAGGAUGGCAAGUCGGCCUCGCUCACCGCGCCGAGCGGCAUCGCCCAAGUCGGACUCCUGCAGGCCGCGCUUGCGGACGCAGCCACCAUGGCGGAGGAGGUGGGCACCGCGGAGGCGCACGGGACCGGCACCGGGCUCGGCGACCCGAUCGAGGUGCGCUCGCUCGCGAGCGUCGUGCUGUCGUCGGGCGACCUGUCCGCGCCGCUCGCGCUCGGCUCGAUCAAGGCCAACGUCGGGCACGCCGAGCCGGCCGCCGGCGCGACCGGGCUGCUGCGCCUCGCCAUGGGCAUGGCGUCUGGUACGGCGCCGCCCAACGCAAACCUGCGCGUCAUCAACCCGCACGUGGACAGCGCGCUGGAGGGCAUGCCGUGCGCUCUACCGACGCAGCUCGCGCCGCUGCCCUCGCUGCCCUCGAUCACGGACGGUUGCGCCGUCGGCGGCGUGUCCUCCUAUGGCUAUGCGGGCACGAUCGCGCACUGCCUCAUCGAGGCUGAGCCGAACCUGCAGCAGAACAUGCCGUUCAAGCCGUCCACGCUCACGUACCAGCGCAAGAGCUACAUGUGGCGCGACACGCGCAACCCGCUCAUCCAGGCACGUAGGGCUCCGCCCGACGAGGACACCUUCACCUCGCCGGCACACGGCGCCCUGGUCUCCCUGGUCGCGGAUCACGUCGUCGCGGGCCACAUCGUGUUCCCGGGCGCCGGCUACCUCGAGAUGGCGCGCGCGGCGUACUGCGCCGUCGCGCAGAGCAAGGGCACCACGCUGAAGAAGACCUACUUCCUGCAGCCGCUCAUGCUCGACGCGACCGCGGGCGUCAUGGUCUCUGUGUCGGUCGACACGGGCGCCGGCCGCUUCGUGGUGAGCUCCGCAGGCGAGGACGACCAGAAGAUGACGCACUGCGAGGGUGGCGCGGCCGCCCUCACGGCUGGGUCAAGUCACGGGCCCGCGCCGAGCCUGAUCCGUGACGCGGCCACCUCGCGCGCCCUCCCGGCCCCGGAGCUGUACUCGGCGCUGCGGACCGUCGGGCUCGAGUACGGCCCCACCUUUCAGCCGCUCGUCGCGACGUACAGCUCACAGGACGCGGGCGUCGCCUUCGCCACCAUGCGCAAGCGCACGCGCCUCGAGGGGACCCAGGUGCACCCGGCCGACCUCGACGGCGCGCUGCAGCUGUCGGCGCUCCUCUUGCGCUCCAACACAGGUGAGCUGCGGCUGCCCUUCAUGGUUGGUGAGGCAGCGCUGCUGGCGGCAUCGGGGCGCCUCGUCGCCGCCGCUGAGCGCGAGGAGUCUGAUCGGAUGGGCGUGGUGCUCUCGACGAUGGGCGAAGACGCGCCCGCCAUGGCGAAGCUGUCGGGUUUCGAGAGCCGCGUGCUCAAGGCGUUGACGGCGCCGGAGGUUGCCAGGGAGUUGCACAUGUACGUCACGCAGUGGGAGGCGCUAAACGCGCCCGCCGCGGGCACGGAGGCCUUCUCGCCGGCGCUGAUGCUCGGCGGCACUACCGUGGCGCGUCUGGCGGCGGGCAGCAUCGGCCUCGUCCCGCCCUCGGCACCGAGCAGCGUGCUCUUCUCGCUCACGAUGGAGAGCGGCGGCGUCUCGCCUGCGAUGCUGCCUGGCAUCGAGGCCGCCUUCGACCUCGUCCGGCAGCAGCUGCACGGCAAGCCGGCGCCGACCUGGCUGCUCACGUCUGGGGCGCAGGCCUCGAGCCACGGCAGCUCGGCGCGCCCGUCCUUCGCCGGCGUGAUGGGCCUCGCGCGCUCGGCGCGGCAAGAGUCACCGGCCGCCAAGCUGUCGUGCCUUGACGUGUCUGCUUUGACAAACGUGCUGCUCACUGCGGCGCGGUCGGCGCUCAAGGACGGCCAGCACUCCGAGCCCGAGAUGUCCGUCAAUGACGGCGUCCGCCGCGUCCCGCGCCUUGCGCCGGCGGCGCAGGCGCUGGGCGGCCCGAUCAAGCUGCACUUCGACGCACGCGGCGCGAUUAGCAACCUGCGCGUCGUGAGCCAAGUUGAUGACAACGCGGCGAUGGCGGCAGGAGAGGCGAACCUGCGCGUGCGCGCGGUCGGCCUCAACUUCCGCGACGUGCUCAACGUGCUCGGUGCCUACCCCGGCGACCCAGGCCCGCCGGGCGGCGACUGUGCAGCCGUGGUGUCCGCCGUUGGCUCAGGCAUCUCGCACCUCAAGGUUGGCGACGCGGCGCUCGGCCACGGCCUGGCUGCGCUUGCCUCCCUGUCCAAGAGCGACGGCCGCCUGCUGGCGGCGAUCGACAAGUCGCUCUCGUUCGAGCAGGCCUGCACGCUGCCGACGGCGUGGUGCACGGUGCACAUGUCGCUGCUCGCGGCCCGGCCGGCGGCUGGCCACGCCGUGCUUCUGCACGCUGGCGCGGGCGGCGUCGGCCUGACCUCGCAAGAGUACUGCCACUUCAUCGGCAAUCGCGCGAUGGCGAACGUCGGCCGGCCGUACAAGCACUUCUACCUGCACAAGAUGGGCCUCGCCGGCCGCACGCUCAGCUCGCGCGACGGCGGCGCCUUUGCGCUGGGCGCGUCGAAGCUGCUUCGCUCCGGCCGGCUGCGCUUCUCGCUCAACAGCCUGUCGGCGGACUUCAUCGCGUGCACCUUCGCGCUGCUGCGGCAGGACGGCAAGCUCUGCGAGAUCGGCAAGCGGGCGGUGUGGAGCUACGAGCGGCACGAGGCGGCGUGCUGCAACCACUUCACGAUGAUCGCGCUCGACUCGACGAUCGACCAGACGCCGUGGUGGAUGUGCGGCACGCUGCGGACGCUGUCUGCGCGCGCGGAUGCGUUCGUGCUCCACGGCUUGCCCAUGGAGCUCUUCGACCUCGAGAAGAACGUCCUGGCCGCCUUCCGCACGCUGCAGGGCGGCGCCAACACCGGCAAGGUGGUGGUGCGCAUCCCGAAGACGGCCCCGACGCCGCCGCGCGGGACCCACCUGCUGUCUGGCGGCACGGGCGGCCUCGGCCUCGUCACGGGCAAGUGGCUCGGCGAGGGCGGCGCCUCCUCGGUGGUGCUCGCGGCCCGCGGCGGCAAGGUCGCCCCCGCGGACGGCGAGAAGCUCAGGAAGAUCGCCGAGUGCAGCUUCAGCGUGGUCAAGUGCGACGCGGCCGAGCUGACGGACACGGCUCGCACGGUCGGCGCCAUCCUGGCCAAGGGCAGCACGCUGGCGGGCGUGUGGCACGCGGCGGGCGUGCUGUCGGACGGGCUGCUGCGCGGCCAGACGGCCUCGUCGAUCAAGCGCGUGUACGCCCCCAAGGCGUGCGGUGCCUUCUCCUUGCAGCAGGCGUGCGCCACGUCGGCUCUCGACGCGUGCGUCAUGUUCUCGUCCCUGGCGGCGAUGAUUGGAGGCGGCGGGCAGACCAAUUACUCGGCGGCCAACAGCACCCUAGACGCGCUCGGGGCCUGCCGCCGCAAGCGCAGCCAGGCGGCGGCCAGCAUCCAGUGGGGCCCGUGGGCGGACAUCGGCAUGGCGGCGGACCCGUCGGUGAACGCGCGGCUGCAGGCCGGCGGCGUUGGCCUCGUCACCAUGAAGGAGGGCGUCGCCGCCUUCAGCGCGUCGCUGACUCCGCGCGGCCCUGCAGUCCUCGGCACGACCGUGCUCAAGUGGUCCAAGUUCCUCUCGACGAUGCCGGAGGUGCCGCCGCUGAUGUCGGCCUUUGCCUCUCACAAGAAGGCCACCGGCGCGGCGGUCGCGGCCAGCACGGAGAAGAAGGCGGUGGGCAUGGACUUCAUCGUCGAGGCCGUUCGCCAGACAACGGGCGGCAAGGUCGACCCCGACGCGCCGCUGAUGGAGGCUGGCCUCGACUCGCUCGGCGCGGUCGAGCUGGGCAACCAGCUGCAGGCGCAGUCGGGCAUGACGCUGCCGUCGACGCUCAUCUUCGACUACCCGACGGCGCGCCAGCUGGCGGGCUUCUUCGAGGCGUCGGCGGCGCCUGCGGAGACGAAGGCGUCGCCCGCGGCCAAGGUGUCUGGCGACGGCCCGACGAAGACGAUGUCGUCGAGCGUGGUCCGCUUGAGUGGGAUGAGCGUCAUCUCCCCCAAGGGGACCAUCUCGAUUGACGGGCUGCGCCGGAUGGCCUCGUGCGCCACCGGCUGCACCACCGAGGUGCCGCUCGACCGGUGGGUGCUCGAUGAGGGCGUGACGAGCGACGAGACGGUGGCGAAGCGCGUCCGCUUCGGCGGCUUUGUCAACAACGUGGAGCUCUUCGACAACAAGUUCUUCGCAAUCUCGCCCGCCGAGGCGGCAGCGAUGGACCCGCAGCAGCGGUUGCUGCUCGAGGGCGGCUACGAGGCGCUGCACGCCGCGUCGCUCGAGAAGGCGGCCAUCAUGGGCUGCGUCGUUGGCGUUUUCGUCGGCAUUAGCGCCAACGAUUGGGCGGACGUGAUCCGGGCGACACCGAUGGCCAAGUCCGUCUACUCCGCCACCGGCAGCGCGCACUCGAUCGCGUCCGGCCGCAUCUCCUUUGCGCUCGGGCUGCUCGGCCCAUGCGUCACGUACGACACGGCCUGCUCCGCCGCGCUCUCCGCCAACCACGCGGGCCUGCGCGCCAUCCAGAUGAACGAGUGCGUCUCUGGCCUCGUCUCGGGCGUCAACCUGAUGCUGCUGCCGGGCAUGUCGAUCUCAUUCGGCACGGCGGGCAUGACCUCGCCCAACGGAAAAUGCCACACCUUCGACAAGCGCGCCGACGGCUACUGCCGCGGCGAGGCAUGCGGCUCGGUCGCCCUGAGGACCACGGCGACGAAGGGGGUGGUCACGCUGCCUCUCUUGGGCAGCUGUGUGCGGCAGGAUGGCAAGUCGGUCUCGCUCACCGCGCCGAGCGGCAUCGCCCAAGUCGGACUCCUGCAGGCCGCGCUUGCGGACGCAGCCACCAUGGCGGAGGAGGUGGGCACCGCGGAGGCGCACGGGACCGGCACCGGGCUCGGCGACCCGAUCGAGGUGCGCUCGCUCGCGAGCGUCGUGCUGUCGUCGGGCGACCUGUCCGCGCCGCUCGCGCUCGGCUCGAUCAAGGCCAACGUCGGGCACGCCGAGCCAGCCGCCGGCGCGACCGGGCUGCUGCGCCUCGCCAUGGGCAUGGCGUCUGGUACGGCGCCGCCCAACGCAAACCUGCGCGUCAUCAACCCGCACGUGGACAGCGCGCUGGAGGGCAUGCCGUGCGCUCUACCGACGCAGCUCGCGCCGCUGCCCUCGCUGCCCUCGAUCACGGACGGUUGCGCCGUCGGCGGCGUCUCGUCGUUCGGCUACUCGGGCACGAUCGCGCACUGCCUGCUCGAGGCCGAGUCGGCCGCCGCGAUGCAGGAGGUGAUGCUGUACCCGACGACGACGCUGGCUUACACCCGCAAGGGCUACGGCUGGAAGGAGGCGCCGCACCCGCUCAUCCAGGUCCGGCUGCCCGCUCCCGAUGAGGACACCUUCAAGUCGCGCACCAGCGGCGCGCUCGCCGCCCUCGUCGCGGACCACGUCGUGAUGGGCCGGAUCGUGUUCCCGGGCGCCGGCUACCUCGAGAUGGCUCGCGCCGCCUGCCUCGCCUGCAACUCGCACUUCAAGGGCGCGACGCUCAAGCGCGCCUACUUCCUCGCGCCGCUCGUGCUUGACGCGGCCGACGGCCUCGAGGUGCGCGUCGAGGUGGACACGGGCGCCGAGCGGUACGAGAUCUCCUCCGCGGGCGAGGAGGAGCAGAAGGUGACGCACAGCGCGGGCGACGCCGGCGUCAUGGGUGUCCCUCCUUCCGGCGCGGACGCCGCCUCGGUGCGGCAGCUCUGCGGCCUCGCAGUCGAGCCAUCAACGCUCUACGCUGGCUUCCGCAGCAUCGGCCUCGAGUACGGCCCCGACUUCCAGCCGCUCGAGCGCAUCGCCCUCAAUCAGGCGGCCGGCGUGGCGACGGCGAUCCUCACGCGGCGCACGCGGCUGGCGGGCACAAAGGUGCACCCGGCCGACCUCGACGGCGCGCUGCAGACGUCAGGCCUGCUGUCGUCCUCGGCCGAGCUCCGCCUCCCCUUCGUGGUCGGCGAGGCCACGCUCGUCGGCGCCAAGGGCCGCAUGUGCGCUGUCGUCGAGCGGCAGGCGCCCGAGAAGAUGGGCGUGCUCCUCGCGACCAUGUGCGGCGGCACGGUGGCGAUGGCGCGGCUCGACGGCUUCGAGACGCGCGUGCUCGACCCAGCGACGGCGGAGCCGGCGGUGCAGAAGCCGUCCCACCUGUACGUCAUCGGCUGGGAGGGCCUCAAGCCCGCCGCGGGAGAGCUCGCGCCCGUGCUCGGCCUCCGCGCAAGCCCUGCCUCCGCCUCGUCGCUCGCAAAGAUGUCGCAGCCGAUGCUCAACGCGCUGCCCCGCCAGGCCCCCACGGCAAAGGCGGGCGGCAUCGCCUUUGCGCUGCCGCUCGCCACCGGCUCCGCCCCCUCCGUGCUCCCCGCCAUCGAGGGCGCCCUGCUGCUGGCGCGCCAGCAGCUGACCGCGCGGCCGGUGCCGGUGUGGGUCCUCAACGCAGGCACCCAGCCCGCGAGCGCCGCGGCGAAGGCGAGUCCGGCUACAGGCGGCCUGCUCGGCCUGUCGCGAACGGCGCGGGCCGAGGCGCCGUCCGCCGCCAUCUCGCACCUCGACGGCGCCGGCCUCACCGCGUCCGCGCUGAUGGCAGCGGCCUCUGCGCUGCCCAAGUCCGAGCCGGAGCUCACCUUCGCGCGCUCAAAGGCGCAGGUGCCCCGCCUGCAGCAGCUGGCAGCGCUGCCUGAGGAGCCAGGGCAGGCCAGCGGCGCCCAGCUCCUCUCGGGCGGCACGGGCGGCCUCGGCCUGCUGACGGGCAGGUGGCUCGGCGAGGCUGGGGCCAGCAGCCUCGUCCUCGCUGCCCGCGGCGGCAAGGUCGCAGCGGCCGGCGCGGCCAAGCUGAAGAAGCUCUCCAAGUGCGCAGUCCUCGUGGUCAAGAGCGACGCGGCCGAGCUGACCGACACGCGCCGCCUGCUGGCGGCCAUCAUCUGCGGCGCUCGGCUCGCGGGGGCGUGGCACGUGGCGGGCGUGCUGUCCGACGGGCUGCUACACUCGCAGACUGCGCAGACCUUCAAGCGCGUCUUUGCGCCCAAGGCGUUUGGCGGCUGGAGCCUGCAGGCGGCAAUUCCCUCGGCGCCGCUCGAGGCGAUGGUCUUCUUCUCUUCGGUCGCCGCUCUCCUCGGAGGGGCCGGCCAGGGCAACUACUCGGCCGCCAACUGCUGCCUCGACGCGACGAGCGCGAUGCGGCGGGCCGCCGGCCAGGCCGCCUCGUCAGUGCAGUGGGGCCCGUGGGCGGACGUCGGUAUGGCGUCGGAGGGGUCGAUCAAUGCGCGGCUCCAGUCGAUGGGCAUUGGCCUUAUCUCGAUUUCGGAGGGCGUUCACGCCUUCAAGGCUGCGAUGGCGAUGGGCGGGCCAGUGGUGCAAACCAUGUACAUUGUCAGGUGGGGAAAGUUCCUCGGCGGCAGCAUGAAGGAGGUGCCGGCGGCGCUCUCUCGCUUUGCGCCCGCGCGCAAGGCCGGCGCGGCGGUCGCCAAGAAGGUCUCCGCGCCCGCGAAAGCCGUCUCGCUCGACUUCAUCCUCGACACACUCAGCAAGACUACCGGCAACGAGGUCGACCCCGAUGUCCCUCUCAUGGAGGCGGGCCUCGACUCGCUCGGCGCGGUCGAGCUGCGCGACCAGCUGCAGGCGGCGGCGGGCGAGGGCUUCGAGCUGCCGUCGACCAUGAUCUUUGACUACCCGACCGCACGCGCGAUCGCGGGCUACCUCAGCACGGCGGGCACCGAGGAGGAGCCGGAGGAGUUCGUCGCGAAGGCGCACGGCGGCGACAUCUCCGCGGUGCAUAUCGCGCACAUGGCGGCUCACGGGCCCGACGGCGCGCACGGCCUCGGCAGCGCCAAGGUGUGGGCGAUGGGGUCGACGGGGAAGAACUCGAUCGUCCCGGUGCCGAUGACGCGCUGGAACCCGGACGACAUGACCAACACCGUCUACGACACCGUCUCCGACGUUGUCAUCGACCGGCAGCGCAACGCGGGCUUCCUGCUCGACUCAGACCUUUUCGACAACGCCUUCUUCUCCAUCUCGCCGUCCGAGGCAGCGGUGAUGGAGCCGUCGCAGCGCCUCGCGCUCGAGAAGUCGUAUGAGGCGCUGCAUGGGACGGGGUACAGCAAGGCGGACCUGAUUGGCUCGCUUACCGGCGUCUGGGUCGGCAUGUGGGCCUCCGAGUACACCGAGGUGCUCCGGCAGAGCAAGGGCGCCUCCACCGUCUACGCCGCGACCUCCUCCACCUGCUCGGUGGCGUGCGGCCGCAUCUCCUUCGCGCUCGGGCUACAGGGCCCGUGCUCGGCCAUCGACACCGCCUGCUCGUCGGGCAUCGUCGCGGCGCACGACUGCCUCCGCGCCGUGCAAAACACCGAGUGCAAGACAGGGCUGGUGGUCGGCAUCAACAUGAUCUUCUCGCAGUGGACGUCGAUGAUGAUGGCGACCGCGGGCAUGACGUCGCCAAAGGGGCGCUGUCACACCUUCGACGCGCGAGCCGACGGCUACGCCCGCGGCGAGGGCAUCUACGCCGUCUCUCUGCAGGCGAGCGGCGACGCGACGAGGCCGGUGAUGCACGGCUGCGCCAUCCAGCAGGACGGCAAGUCGGCAUCGCUCACGGCGCCCAACGGGCAGGCCCAGAUCCAGUUGAUGCGUGCGGGCAUGGCUGACGCGGGCACGCCGCCGGCGGAGCUCUCGUGCUACGAGGCGCACGGCACCGGCACGCCGCUCGGCGACCCGAUCGAGGUGCGUUCGACCAAGGCAGCCAUCCUCGCGGGGCGCGGCGACGCGGAGCCGCUGCAGAUUGGGUCUGUCAAGGCGAACUGCGGCCACGGCGAGCCGGCAGCGGGCGUGCUCGGCAUCAUCCGCCUCGCGAUGGGCCUCAUGGCGGGGCAGGCGCCGCCCAACGCGCAGCUGCGUGUCAUGAACGAGCACGUCGCCUCCACGAUGGAGGGCAGCGCGGCGGGGGCGAUGCCGAUCCAGCUCGCCGGUCUGCCAAAGCUGCCCAACCGGGCGCCCAACUACGCGGGCGGUGUGAGCUCGAUGGGCUACGCCGGCACGAUCGCGCACGCCGUGAUUGAGGCACCGCGCGUCCGGGCGGGCGCGGGCCUCGUGCCUGCGGCCAAGCGUGGGCCGAUGCACACGCGCAAGCGCUACCUUUGGAUGGAGACGCCCAACCCGCUCAUCCAUUCGCGCGUCAAGGGCGAGGGCGGCGCGAUCGAGGACGCCUUCCACUCGCCGGCCAAGGGUGCGCUGCAGUCGCUGGUUUCGGACCACAUCGUGCAGGGCCGCAUCAUCUUUCCCGGCGCGGGCUACCUCGAGAUGGCGCGCGCGGCGUACUGCGCGGUCAACGACCGCAAGGACGUCAAGCUGCAGCGCGCCUACUUCCUGCAGCCGCUCAUCCUCGACAAUGUGGACGACCUCAAGGUGACAAUCUCCAUCGAUACUAACGCCGACCGCUUCGAGCUCAGCUCGAUGGGUGAGGACGCGCAGAAGGUGACCCACAGCGCCGGCGACACCGGCGCGACCAACGGCGCGCUCGGCGCCCCCGCGGCCGCCGCGGCCCUCGGCUCGAGCUACGCGGCCGUCGACGUCGGCGUCUUUUACGAGGCCUUCCGCUCGGUUGGCCUCGAGUACGGCCCCGAGUUCCGCGCGCUCCAGGCGCUCUGGGCAAACCGCGAGGCCGGCGUCGGCGUGGGCCGGCUGCGCCGCCGGUGCAACCGCUUCGGCACGCAGGUGCACCCGGCCGACCUCGAUGGCGCGCUGCAGCAGACAGCUCUCAUCGCGGAGGACACCGAUGCCGGCGAGACGAGGCUGCCUUUCAUGGUGGGCGAGGCGACCCUCACCUCGGCCAAGGGCCGCAUGUGCUCGAUCGUCGAGCGGCAGGGCGCCACCUCGGCCGGCGUCUGGCUCGCCGGCCUCUGCAAGGGCGAUGCGCCGCUGGUGCGCCUCAAUUCGUUUGAGAGCCGCGUGUUCAAGGCGUUGGCGGCGCCGGUGGCGACGCGGCAGCAGCACAUGUACGUCACUCAGUGGGAGGCGCAGGACGCCCCCGUCGGCGACCUCGCCCACGCGCCCUCGCUCGUCCUGGGGAGCCGCGCCGCCUACACUGGCGCGGAGCUUGGCGCUUACGGCGUGGCCGCCGCGGCGUCCUCGAGCAGCCUCAUGUUUGCUCUGCCGCUGAGCAGCGCGGCGGCUGGCGCCAGCGUGCUCCCAACCAUCGACGCCACCUUCGACCUCAUGAAGCAGCAGCUCCUGACGCGCCCCGUCCCCACCUUCCUCCUCACCGCGGGGACGCAGUACGCCACCACCGCCACCGCCGCGCGCCCCGCCCACGGCGGCCUGAUGGGCCUGUCGCGCACUGUCCGGUCGGAGCAGCCGUCGGCCCGCCUCUCGUGCCUCGACGUAGCGGCGGCCAGCCGCAAGUCAGUCGGCGACGCGCUGCUCCUCGUCUCGCGCAGCAGCUUCGUCGGCGGCGAGACGCUCGAGCUCGAGGUCGUCGUGGGCGUCCGGGUCCGCCGCGUGCCUCGCCUCGCCGAGGCGCCUCUGUCGACCACGGGGCCGAUCCGGCUGCACUUUGACGUGCGCGGCGCGAUCAGCAACCUGCGCAUCGUGCCGCAGGGCGAGAUGCCCGCCAUCGAGCACCCGCAGGUGGAGCUGCACGUGCGUUCGGUCGGCCUCAACUUCCGCGACGUGCUCAACGUGCUCGGCGCCUACCCCGGCGACCCCGGCCCGCCGGGCUCCGACUGCGCGGCGCACGUGGUGAGCUCCUCCAGCAGGUUCACGCACCUGAAGAUUGGCGACGCGGUGCUCGGCGAGGCGGCCUCGGGCUCGCUCGCCUCAAUCGCCCGCUCCGACGGCCGCCUCACCGCGGCGAUCGACAAGUCGCUCUCGUUCGAGCAGGCGUGCACCCUGCCGACCACCUGGUCCACGGUGCAGAUGUCGCUGCUCGGCGCGCGGCCAAAGGGCGGCAACGAGGUGCUGCUGCACGCCGGCGCGGGUGGCGUCGGCCUCGCCGCGGGCGAGUACUCGCACUGGCUCGGCACCCGCGUCAUGUCCAACGUCGGGCGGCCGUACAAGCACUUCUACCUGCACAAGAUGGGCCUCGCCGGCCGCACGCUCAGCUCGCGCGACGGCGGCGCCUUCGCCGUCGGCGCGGCCAAGCUGCUGUACAAGUCGCGGCUCAGCUGGGUGCUUAACAGCCUCUCGCUCGACUUCAUUACCUGCUCCUUCGCCCUCCUCGGCCAGUUGGGCUGCCUCAGCGAGAUCGGCAAGCGGGCGGUGUGGAGCUACGACCAGCGCGCCACCGCCACCCACGCACAGUACGACGUGGUCGCGCUCGACAGCGCGAUGGCCAUCUGCCCGCCGUGGAUGAGCAGCGUGCUGAGGCUGCUCUCAGCGCGCGCGGCGGCCAGCGUGCUCCACGGCUUGCCCAUGCAGAUCUUCAACCUCGAGAAGAACGUCCUGGCCGCCUUCCGCACGCUGCAGGGCGGCGCCAACACCGGCAAGGUGGUGGUGCGCAUCCCGAAGACGGCCCCGACGCCGCCGCGCGGGACCCACCUGCUGUCUGGCGGCACGGGCGGCCUCGGCCUCGUCACGGGCAAGUGGCUCGGCGAGGGCGGCGCCUCCUCGGUGGUGCUCGCGGCCCGCGGCGGCAAGGUCGCCUCCGCGGACGGCGAGAAGCUCAGGAAGAUCGCCGAGUGCAGCUUCAGCGUGGUCAAGUGCGAUGCGGCCGAGCUGACGGACACGGCUCGCACGGUCGGCGCCAUCCUGGCCAAGGGCAGCACGCUGGCGGGCGUGUGGCACGCGGCGGGCGUGCUGUCGGACGGGCUGCUGCGCGCGCAGUCGUCGGCCACGGUGAAGCGCGUCUUCGCGCCCAAGGCAUUCGGCGGGUGGGCGCUGCACGCAUCCACCCUCGCCUCGCCGCUUGACGCGUGCGUUCUCUUCUCCUCGAUCGCGGCCUUGCUCGGCGGGACGGCUCAGUCCAACUACGCCGCAGCCAACACCACACUCGACUCGCUCGGAGGCUCGCGACGCAUUCACGGCCUCAUCGCCUCGUCGGUGCAGUGGGGCCCGUGGGCGGCCGUCGGCAUGGCGGCGGACGAGUCGAUCAACGCGCGCAUCCAGGCAAUGGGCAUCGGGCUAAUUGGCCUCGCCGAUGGGGCACUCACUUUCCAGGCGACGCUGCUGCCGCAAGCGCCGUCCAUCGUCGCACUGUGGAUGGUCAAGUGGUCCAAGUUCCUCGGGCUGAUGAAUGAGGUUCCGGCGCAGCUGAGCAAGUUCGCCUCACGGAGGGUCUAUGACAGCACCGUGGCUAAGACAGAGGAUAGUGGCACCAAGCUCGUCAAUCUUGAGAAGAUCCAGGAGAUGCUCCGGUCGACGGCCGGCGGCGAGGUCGACCCCGACGCGCCGCUGAUGGAGGCUGGCCUCGACUCGCUCGGCGCGGUCGAGCUGGGCAACCAGCUGCAGGCGCAGUCGGGCAUGACGCUGCCGUCGACGCUCAUCUUCGACUACCCGACGGCGCGCCAGCUGGCGGGCUACUUCUUGGACCAAGCAGGUGAAGCAUCAGCUGACAGCGUCCCGCAGGGGAGUCCUGAUAUGCCUACGCCGGGGGCCUCGUCCACAAUCUCAGCCCGUGGACUCAGCUGCCGGCUAGCGGGCGGUGAAACGUCAGCUCUUGGCCUCCCCAACUUCGUCGGCGCCAACGGCGACGCGGUUACCGAGAUCCCAGCGGCGCGCUGGAUCGUCGACCCGGCGGUGGUGGACAACGAGACCAUCCUCAAGCGGACGCGCUACGGCGCAUUCAUGAAGGACCUCGAGCUCUUCGACAACGCGCACUUUUUCAUCUCGCCCUCCGAGGCGGCCGCGAUGGACCCGCAGCAGCGCAUGAUGCUCGAGUCGAGCUACGAGGCGCUGCACGCGUCCUCCAUCUCGCGCGCCGAGCUGCUCGGCUCGGUGACGGGCAUGUUCGUCGGCAUCGCGGCCAACGACUGGGCCGACGUCAUCAAGGGCUCGCCGAUGGCGCGCUCCGUCUACGCCGCCACCGGCAGCAGCCACUCGAUCGCCGCGGGGCGCCUGCCCUUCGUGCUCGGCCUGCAGGGCCCUUGCUGCUCGUACGACACGGCGUGCUCCUCCACCCUCGCGGCGAACCACGCUGCGAUGCGCGCGCUGCAGCGCAGCGAGUGCGUCAACGCCGUGUGCGUCGGGGUGAUGCAAGUCUUGAUGCCCGGCGUCGGCAUCACCUUCGCCACCGCCGGCAUGACAUCGCCGCACGGGCGCUGCCACACGUUCGACGCGCGCGCUGACGGCUACGUCCGCGGCGAGGCGCUCACCUCCACCCUACUUGAGCCCGCCAAGGAGGGCCGCCGCGUGUCGUACUCGCUGCUCGGCACCUGCGUGCGGCAGGACGGCAAGUCCGCCUCGCUCACCGCGCCCAACGGCGCGGCACAGACGAGCCUGCUCAAGGCGGCGCUCGAGGACGCCGGCGUGCCGUCGCGCGAGGUGGCCGCCGUCGAGGCGCAUGGCACCGGCACCGCGCUCGGCGACCCCAUCGAGAUGCGCUCGAUGAAGGGGGCGGUGCUCAAGGAUCGCGGCCCCUCCGACCGCGCGGUGGUGGUCGGCUCGAUCAAGGCCAACUGCGGGCACGCCGAGGCGGCGGCGGGCGCGUCGGGCCUGCUGCGCCUCGCCGUCGGCGUCGCGACGGCGCACGCGCCGCCCAACGCGCAGCUCCGCGUCAUGAACGAGCAUGUGCUUGCGGCGGUCUCUGGCACCUCGUGCGUGCUUCCGACGCAGCUCUCGACGCUCGCGCGGAUCCCGCAGCGCGGCGACGCGUACGUGGGCGGCGUGAGCUCGUUUGGCUACAGCGGCACGAUCGUGCACACCGUCGUCCAGGCCGCCCUCUCGACGCCGAUGGACGUGCGCACCGUGCCCGGCCUCAAGUACUGCCGCAAGCGGUACGGCUGGCGCGAAGUGCCGCACCCGCUCAUCCAGAGCCGCUCCGUCGGCGCGGACGGCGCGGCGGAGGACUCCUUCGUCUCGCCGGCGAGCGGGUCGCUCGUCGCCCUCAUAGCGGACCACAUCGUCGGCGGCCACAUCGUCUUCCCCGGCGCCGGCUACCUCGAGAUGGCGUGCGCCGCUCUCGCCAGCGUCGCGGGCAGCGCCAAGGCCGCGGCCGUGCGCCGCGCCUUCUUUCUGCAGCCGCUGAUGCUCGACGCGACGGACGGGCUCAACGUGACAAUCUCGCUCGACACGGGUGCCAACCGGUACGAGAUCGGGAGCCAGGGCGAGGACGGCGAGAAGGUGACUCACUCGGCGGGCGACAUUGUCGUCCUGGCUUCCCCGCCUAGUGGGCCCAGCGUGGACGGCGCGCGCGGGGGCAGCUACGGCGUCAUCGACGCGGCAUUUGUGUACGCGGGCUUCCGCGCGGCGGGCCUCGAGUACGGCCCCGACUUCCGGCCCCUCGUCCGCCUCUUCGCCAACUGGGAGAGCGGCGUCGCAUUUGCCACGCUCAAGAAGCGGCCCGCGCCGGCGCGGCACGGCACGCGCGUCCACCCGGCCGACCUCGACGGCGCGCUGCAGGCGACGGUGCUACUCGCGCCCGAGACCAAGGAGGGCGAGCUGCGGCUCCCCUUCUCGGUCGGCGAGGCGGCGCUCGCCGCCGCGACGGGCAAGAUCUGCGUCGUCGUCGAGCGGCAGGGCGACAAGGCGGGCCUCGCCAUGGUGUCGCCGCGCGGGGCGGACGCAGCCAUGGCCAAGCUCGACGGCUUCGAGACCAAGGUGCUCAAGGCGAGCGCGGCCACGCCCACCGCGACGAGGCAGCAGCACACUUACGUUACGCAGUGGGAGGCGUUCGCGGUUGGAGCGGCGGCCGAGGGGCCGUCAGCGCCCGCCCUCGCCCUCAGCAGUAACCGCAAGGGCGCCGCCUUCCUCGGCCGCCCGCUCAACAGCGCCAGCGCGCCCGCGGCGGUCGGCAGCGUCGUCUUUUCGGUCGCGCUGGACGACGGCGCCGCUUGUGCGGGCUCGCUCGCCCUGGUGGAGGGCGCCUUCGACUUUGGCCGUCAGCAGCUCACGGGUCGGCCGGUGCCGAUGUUUGUUGCAACGCUCGGCGCGCAGCCCGUGAGCACGGGCCAGGCGAUGCACCCGCUGCACGGCGGGCUGCUCGGCCUCGCGCGCACAGUCCGCUCCGAGCAGCCGACGGCCGACCUCACCUACCUCGACGUCACCUCCGCCGGACGGCCCGCUGUCUGCGACGCGCUAGGCGCCGUCUCGCGCGCAGCCCUCGCCGGCAAGAAGCUCGAGCCGGAGGUUGCGGUGAGCACCGACGUGUCGUGUCGCGUGCCGCGCCUCGUCGAGGCGGCGCAGUCGCUCGGCGGCCCGAUCCGGAUGCACUUUGACGCGCGCGGCGCGGUGAGCAACCUGCGCAUCGUGCCACAGAUUGGCGCGGAGGACGAGGAGACCGUCGCGGGCGAGACGCGCCUCCACGUCAAGGCCGUCGGCCUGAACUUUCGGGACGUGCUCAACGUGCUCGGUGCCUACCCCGGCGACCCGGGCCCGCCGGGCUCCGACUGCGCGGCGAUCAUCGCCGCGCGCGGCGCUGGCGUCUUGCAUCUGAAGGUCGGCGACGGGGCGCUUGGCCACGGCCUGGCUGCACUCGCCUCCCUGUCCAAGUCCGACGGCCGCCUGCUGGCGGCGAUCGACAAGUCGCUCUCGUUCGAGCAGGCCUGCACGCUGCCGACGACGUGGUGCACGGUGCACAUGUCGCUGCUCGCGGCCCGGCCGGCGGCUGGCCACGCCGUGCUUCUGCACGCUGGCGCGGGCGGCGUCGGCCUGACCUCGCAAGAGUACUGCCACUUCAUCGGCAAUCGCGUGAUGGCGAACGUCGGCCGGCCGUACAAGCACUUCUACCUGCACAAGAUGGGCCUCGCCGGCCGCACGCUCAGCUCGCGCGACGGCGGCGCCUUUGCGCUGGGCGCGUCGAAGCUGCUUCGCUCCGGCCGGCUGCGCUUCUCGCUCAACAGCCUGUCGGCGGACUUCAUCGCGUGCACCUUCGCGCUGCUGCGGCAGGACGGCAAGCUCUGCGAGAUCGGCAAGCGGGCGGUGUGGAGCUACGAGCGGCACGAGGCGGCGUGCUGCAACCACUUCACGAUGAUCGCGCUCGACUCGACGAUCGACCAGACGCCGUGGUGGAUGUGCGGCACGCUGCGGACGCUGUCUGCGCGCGCGGAUGCGUUCGUGCUCCACGGCUUGCCCAUGGAGCUCUUCGACCUCGAGAAGAACGUCCUGGCCGCCUUCCGCACGCUGCAGGGCGGCGCCAACACCGGCAAGGUGGUGGUGCGCAUCCCGAAGACGGCCCCGACGCCGCCGCGCGGGACCCACCUGCUGUCUGGCGGCACGGGCGGCCUCGGCCUCGUCACGGGCAAGUGGCUCGGCGAGGGCGGCGCCUCCUCGGUGGUGCUCGCGGCCCGCGGCGGCAAGGUCGCCCCCGCGGACGGCGAGAAGCUCAGGAAGAUCGCCGAGUGCAGCUUCAGCGUGGUCAAGUGCGACGCGGCCGAGCUGACGGACACGGCUUGCACGGUCGGCGCCAUCCUGGCCAAGGGCAGCACGCUGGCGGGCGUGUGGCACGCGGCGGGCGUGCUGUCGGACGGGCUGCUGCGCGCGCAGUCGUCGGCCACGGUGAAGCGCGUCUUCGCGCCCAAGGUUGCCGGCGCGUGGGCGCUACAGCAGGCGGCCGCGACGUCACCGCUCGACACGUACGUGCUCUUCUCGUCCAUCGCCACUCUGAUUGGCGGCGGCGGCCAGUCCAACUACGCCGCCGCCAACGGCAUGCUCGACUCGCUCGGCGCCUGCCGGCGGACGCGCGCCAUGAACGCGACGUCGGUGGAGUGGGGCCCGUGGGCGGCCAUCGGCAUGGCGGCGGACGAGUCGAUCAGCGCUCGCAUCCAGGCCGGUGGCAUCGGCCUCGUCAGCCUGGAGCAGGGCACGCUGGCCUUCCAGGCGACGCUGCAGCCUGCCGUGUCUGGCGUGAUGAGCCUGGUGGUGCUCACCUGGAGCAAGUUCCUCAGCUUGCUCCCAGAGGUGCCGCCGCUGCUGGCCAACUACGCGAGCCGCAAGGGUGCGGUCGCGGCCGGCGGCGGCGGCGGCGAGGUCAAGGAGGUCACGCUCGAGAUGAUUCAGGACACGCUCAAGUCGACGACGGGCAGCGAGGUCGACCCCGACGCGCCGCUGAUGGAGGCUGGCCUCGACUCGCUCGGCGCGGUCGAGCUCGGCAACCAGCUGCAGGCGCAGUCGGGCAUGACGCUGCCGUCGACGCUCAUCUUCGACUACCCGACGGCGCGCCAGCUGGCGGGCUACUUCAAGGAGGAGGCCGACAAGGCCAACGGCACCGACGACGCCGCCGUUGGCGACGGCCUGGCGCCCAAGGCGGCCGUGAACCUCGAGGCGCAGGUCAAGGCCUACGGCCUCAGCGCCAACCUUCCGCUCGGAAUCACGAAGCCGUCGCAGCUGCGGCAGAUUGCGGCCUGCAGCGGCGACGCCAUCAGCGAGGUUCCGCCUGCGCGCUGGUCACUUGCAGAUGCCGACACUCUUGGUGAGGUCAUCGGCCAGCGCGUGCGCCACGGCGGCUUCCUGCGGGAAGCUGAGCUCUUCGACAACGCCCGCUUCAGCGUCUCGCCUGCCGAAGCCAUCGCGAUGGACCCGCAGCAGCGUCUGCUGAUGGAGUACGGCUACGAGGCCUUCCACGGCGCUGGCCUGGACAAGGCGGCGCUGAACAACACUCUGACGGGCAUUUUUGUCGGCAUCGCCCAGCAGGACUGGAGCGAUGUUGUCAAGAACUCAACGAUGGGCCGCAGCGUGUACGCCGCGACUGGCGCGUCGCUCUCGAUCGCUGCGGGACGCAUCUCGUUCGUACUCGGCUUGCAGGGCCCUUGCUGCUCGUACGACACUGCGUGCUCUGCGGCGCUCGCGGCCAACCACGCCGCGUUCCGCGCGCUGCAGCUCAACGAGUGCAGCAGCGCGCUCAUGAUCGGCGUUGGGACAGUCCUCAUGCCUGGCGUCGGCAUCACUUUCGCAACCGCCGGCAUGACGUCGGCCAAGGGCCACUGCCACACCUUCGACAAGCGCGCCGAUGGCUACGCGCGCGGAGAAGCAUGCGGCGGCACAGCGCUCCGCGUGGACGAGGUUGAUGGCAACGUGCACUUCUCGCUCCUGGGCAGCAGCGUGCGCCAGGACGGCAAGUCCGCCUCGCUGACCGCCCCGAGCGGCGUCGCGCAGCAAGGCUUGCUGCGCGCGGCCCUGGCGGACGCGUCGGUCGCUCCGACUGAGGUGGCUGCCAUCGAGGCGCACGGCACCGGCACUGGGCUCGGCGACCCGAUCGAGGCUGGCUCGCUCGCGGGCGCCGUGCUCAAGCCGCGCGGCAACACGACCGACCCGCUCCUCGUCAGCAGCAUCAAGGCCAUCUCGGGCCACGCGGAGCCAGCCGCCGGUUCGUCUGGCCUUCUCCGGCUCGUGACUGGACUUGCAUCAGCCGAAUCUCCGCCAAACGCCCAGCUCCGCGUGAUCAACGAGCACGUCGAGUCCGCGCUCAAGGGUAUGUCAGCAGCGUUGCCUACACAGCUUGGCGGCCUGCUGCGCGCACCUGACCGUUCGGGCUACGUCGGCGGCGUCAGCUCCUUUGGCUACAGCGGCACCAUUGUGCACACCGUGCUGGAGUCGACGCCGGCGCUCACCACGGCGAAGGGCGCGACUGCGGAGCUUGGCUACGUCAGGAAGCGGUACACGUGGCGUGAGACGCCGCACCCUCUCAUCCAGCGCCGCGCGACCGACGCCGACGGCGACGAGAAGGACUCGUUCCGCUCGCCGGCCAAGGGCGCGCUGCUUGCGGUGGUCGCGGACCACAUCGUGCAGGGCCGCGUCAUCUUCCCCGGCGCGGGCUACAUGGAGAUGGCGCGCGCGGCCGCCGUCUCGCUCUCGGGCGGCGCCAGGAGCGCCAAGCUCUCGCGCGUCUUCUUCCUGCAGCCGCUCAUGCUCGACGGCGACCUGAGCACGAUGACGGUCAGCGUGGACAUCACGGCGGCCGACGAGCGGUUCGACGUCAACACCGAGGACCUCGAGGCGGGCACCAAGACGUCGCACUGCGCGGGUGGCGCGUCCACCUUCUCGGAGGCGAUGCCCGCCUUCUCGCACGCCGGCCUGCGCGCGUCGUGCGCGCAGCCGGUCGACACCGCCGUCAUCUACGCGGGCUUCCGCUCGGUCGGCCUCGAGUACGGCCCCGAGUACCGCACGCUCACCUCGGCGCGCGUCUCGCGCGACGCGGGCGUGGCCGUCGGCCAGCUGCGCCGCCGCCAGCGCAAGGAGGGCACGAGCGUGCACCCGGCCGACCUCGACGGCUCGCUGCACCUGACCGCCCUCCUAGCCGAGACGACCGCGGCGGGCGAGACCCGGCUCCCCUUCUCGGUCGGCGAGGCGGCGCUCACGGACGUGAGCGGCUCUCCUUGGCCGGUGGCGGAGCGGCAGGGCGCCAACAUGACGGGCGUGUGGAUCGGGGCCAAGGACGCCAAGGCGGCCAAGGACUCGCCCGGCGCGCGCCUGACCAACUUCGAGACGCGCGUGCUCAAGGCGGCGCCGGCGGCGGCUCCGGCGCGCAAGUCGACGCACCUGUACGUCACGUCGUGGCAGGCUGCGACGGUUCCGGCCGCCGAGGACGCCGGGGCGGCGCUCGUGAUGUGCGCCUCGCCUCCGCUCGGCGUCGCGUCGGGCUCCGGCGCCGCGGCGGCGGCUCCGUCGGCGUCGAUCGGCGCGGUGGUGUACGCCGUCGGCCUGGGCGCCGGCGCCAAGGCCUCCGACUCGCUCGCCGGGCUGGUGGCUGCGUUUGACGCCGCGCGCACGCACACGAUCACGCGCUCGACGCCGCCGAUGUGGGUGGUCUCGGCCGGCGCCCUCGCGGCCCGCUCGAGCGGCGCCGGCGUCUCGAGCCACGCGGGCCUGAUGGGCCUGACCCGCCAGGCGCGCUCCGAGGCGCCGCAGUCGCAGCUGCCGAUCAUCGACCUGGACGUGCUCCGUCCGGGCAUGACUGAGCUGGCGGCGGUGUCGAAGCUGGCCAGCAGGCUCGGCCUCGGCUACAACGGCACGCCCGAGCCAGAGAUGGCCUUUGAUGGCUCGAGCCAGCGCGUGCCGCGCCUGACCGAGGCGGCCGGCUCGCUGGGCGGGCCGAUCAGGCUCUACUUCGACGCCCGCGGCGCCGUCAGCAACUUGCGGGUGGUCUCGCAAGAGGAGGACGACUCCGAGCCGGUCCACGGCGAGGUCAAGCUGCACGUCGGCGCGGUCGGCCUCAACUUCCGCGACGUGCUCAACGUGCUCGGCGUGUACCCCGGCGACCCAGGCCCUCCCGGCGGUGACUGCGCGGUGCACAUCACCGCGGCUGGCACCGGAGUCUCGCACGUCAGGGUCGGCGACGCGGCGCUUGGCCACGGCCUGGCUGCGCUCGCCUCCCUGUCCAAGUCCGACGCGCGCCUGAUGGCGGCCAUCACCGACUCGCUCUCGUUCGAGCAGGCCUGCACGCUGCCGACGACGUGGUGCACGGUGCACAUGUCGCUGCUCGCGGCCCGGCCGGCGGCUGGCCACGACGUGCUUCUGCACGCUGGCGCGGGCGGCGUCGGCCUGACCUCGCAAGAGUACUGCCACUUCAUCGGCAACCGCGCGAUGGCGAACGUCGGCCGGCCGUACAAGCACUUCUACCUGCACAAGAUGGGCCUCGCCGGCCGCACGCUCAGCUCGCGCGACGGCGGCGCCUUUGCGCUGGGCGCGUCGAAGCUGCUUCGCUCCGGCCGGCUGCGCUUCUCGCUCAACAGCCUGUCGGCGGACUUCAUCGCGUGCACCUUCGCGCUGCUGCGGCAGGACGGCAAGCUCUGCGAGAUCGGCAAGCGGGCGGUAUGGAGCUACGAGCGGCACGAGGCGGCGUGCUGCAACCACUUCACGAUGAUCGCGCUCGACUCGACGAUCGACCAGACGCCGUGGUGGAUGUGCGGCACGCUGCGGACGCUGUCUGCGCGCGCGGAUGCGUUCGUGCUCCACGGCUUGCCCAUGGAGCUCUUCGACCUCGAGAAGAACGUCCUGGCCGCCUUCCGCACGCUGCAGGGCGGCGCCAACACCGGCAAGGUGGUGGUGCGCAUCCCGAAGACGGCCCCGACGCCGCCGCGCGGGACCCACCUGCUGUCUGGCGGCACGGGCGGCCUCGGCCUCGUCACGGGCAAGUGGCUCGGCGAGGGCGGCGCCUCCUCGGUGGUGCUCGCGGCCCGCGGCGGCAAGGUCGCCCCCGCGGACGGCGAGAAGCUCAGGAAGAUCGCCGAGUGCAGCUUCAGCGUGGUCAAGUGCGACGCGGCCGAGCUGACGGACACGGCUUGCACGGUCGGCGCCAUCCUGGCCAAGGGCAGCACGCUGGCGGGCGUGUGGCACGCGGCGGGCGUGCUGUCGGACGGGCUGCUGCGCGCGCAGUCGUCGGCCACGGUGAAGCGCGUCUUCGCGCCCAAGGUUGCCGGCGCGUGGGCGCUACAGCAGGCGGCCGCGACGUCACCGCUCGACACGUACGUGCUCUUCUCGUCCAUCGCCACUCUGAUUGGCGGCGGCGGCCAGUCCAACUACGCCGCCGCCAACGGCAUGCUCGACUCGCUCGGCGCCUGCCGGCGGACGCGCGCCAUGAACGCGACGUCGGUGGAGUGGGGCCCGUGGGCGGCCAUCGGCAUGGCGGCGGACGAGUCGAUCAGCGCUCGCAUCCAGGCCGGUGGCAUCGGCCUCGUCAGCCUGGAGCAGGGCACGCUGGCCUUCCAGGCGACGCUGCAGCCUGCCGUGUCUGGCGUGAUGAGCCUGGUGGUGCUCACCUGGAGCAAGUUCCUCAGCUUGCUCCCAGAGGUGCCGCCGCUGCUGGCCAACUACGCGAGCCGCAAGGGUGCGGUCGCGGCCGGCGGCGGCGGCGGCGAGGUCAAGGAGGUCACGCUCGAGAUGAUUCAGGACACGCUCAAGUCGACGACGGGCAGCGAGGUCGACCCCGACGCGCCGCUGAUGGAGGCUGGCCUCGACUCGCUCGGCGCGGUCGAGCUCGGCAACCAGCUGCAGGCGCAGUCGGGCAUGACGCUGCCGUCGACGCUCAUCUUCGACUACCCGACGGCGCGCCAGCUGGCGGGCUACUUCAAGGAGGAGGCCGACAAGGCCAACGGCACCGACGACGCCGCCGUUGGCGACGGCCUGGCGCCCAAGGCGGCCGUGAACCUCGAGGCGCAGGUCAAGGCCUACGGCCUCAGCGCCAACCUUCCGCUCGGAAUCACGAAGCCGUCGCAGCUGCGGCAGAUUGCGGCCUGCAGCGGCGACGCCAUCAGCGAGGUUCCGCCUGCGCGCUGGUCACUUGCAGAUGCCGACACUCUUGGUGAGGUCAUCGGCCAGCGCGUGCGCCACGGCGGCUUCCUGCGGGAAGCUGAGCUCUUCGACAACGCCCGCUUCAGCGUCUCGCCUGCCGAAGCCAUCGCGAUGGACCCGCAGCAGCGUCUGCUGAUGGAGUACGGCUACGAGGCCUUCCACGGCGCUGGCCUCGACAAGGCGGCGCUCUCUGGCAGCCUUACCGGUGUGUUUCUUGGCAUCGCUGCCAACGACUGGGCCGACGUGGUUAAGGCCUCGAAGAUGGCGCGUAGCGUGUACGCCGCGACUGGCGCGUCGCUCUCGAUCGCUGCGGGACGCAUCUCGUUCGUGCUCGGCCUGCAGGGCCCUUGCUGCUCGUACGACACUGCGUGCUCCGCCACGCUCGCCGCCAACCACGCUGCGCUUCGUGCUCUUCAAUACGGCGAAUGCCCUACUGCCUUGAUGUCCGGCGUCAGCAUGAUGCUCCUUCCUCAAGUCGGGAUCACCUUUGCCACCGCUGGGAUGACCUCCGCCACGGGGAGUUGCAAGACGUUCGACAAGCGUGCCGAUGGGUACGCUCGUGGCGAAGCAUGCUGCGCGGCCGUGAUUUGCGUCGACAAGGGCGUCGAGAAGCUGGUGGUUAUUGGCAGCUGCGUCCGCCAAGACGGCAAGAGCGCGAGCCUAACUGCGCCCAACGGGAUGGCUCAGCAGUCUCUCUACAAGGCGGCGCUUGUCGACGCUGAGGUCUUGCCCGCUGAGCUCUCGUGCGUUGAAGCCCACGGCACAGGCACGGCACUCGGCGACCCAAUCGAGGCUGGGUCACUUGCCUCCGCAGUGCUCUCCGCCCGUGCCGGCAGCUCGCCCUUGUUGCUGGGCAGUGUCAAGGCGAACACGGGCCACGCCGAGCCAGCAGCCGGUGCGACAGGGUUGCUGCGGCUGGCAACUGGCCUCAACGCGUCACAGGCGCCACCCAACGCGCAGCUUCGACAGCUAAACCCACACGUGAGCUCGGCACUCGAAGGCGUGCGGCUCCGUUGCGCAAAGCCAACGCAGCUUGCCUCACUGCCCUCGGUUGACCCCGCGACGAUGCGGCGGGGCGGCGUGAGCUCAUUCGGGUACAGUGGCACCAUCGUGCAUGCAGUUCUCGAGGGCGCCGUAGACACAGCCAUGCACCGUCGUCCUCCGCACGGCGGCCCGGCGUAUUCGCGCAAGCCGUUCACGUGGCAAAUGCCGGCCCCGACGACUGGUGGCGAGAGCGCGUCCGUGCUGCGAGGAGCGGCGAUGACGAGGCAACGGACGCUCGAGCCUGAAGACGCCGACAUUCAUGAGGGCGAGCUCUUGCUCGAGACCGUCCGUGAGACCGUCCGUGACGCUGAAGAGCCUGCAGUUUCCCCGCUUCGUGUCGACACCUACGCUGCGGAGUGGUCGAGCUUCGAAACGAGCGACGUCUCAAAGGUUGGCACUCAGUCGGUCAACCUACUCGCCCUGCCGGACUUGCUUCUGAUCGGGCAUGCGAAGCGACUGUCUGCGGCGCUCUCCGCCUUCCAGCUCCAGACGCAUGCGGACGGAGAGUCGAGGCUUGUUCAGGGUGGCCCGUGGCAUGCAAUCAUUCUGGCGGCUUCGGGCCGCGCUGACGCCGAGCUUCCCGCAUUGGCCAGGGCGUUGUGCGCUCUACGCCACACGCAUGCUGUCACCGCCUCCGUGCCGCUCUGGGUCUGCACCUUCGGUGUAUCACCACCGAGCAAGGCGGGCGCGGCCUGCUGCACGCACUCGGGCCUCAUUGGCUUGGCCCGCGCAGUGCAGCAAGAGCUGCCGCAGCUGCCCCUGUGGUGCUUGGACCUGGAUCGCACGGCGGCAAGCAUGGAGGAUAGCAAGUCGAUGCUCGUCAAUUGCCUCAAGGUGAACAAGCUGGCGCUCAACACGGGACACGUGUUUGGCCUCGCGACGAGGCCAUCGAUCGAGCCCGAGGCGGCGAUGCGCGGUGAGGCGCUCCUGGUCCCGCGGCUGGUUGCCGCCCGCCACGCCAACGGCUUUGCGAUCGACGCGGAGGCGCUCGUCCAGCGGCUCGGGGAUCACGUGGCCGAGGCAAACACCGCGCUCGAUUUCGACUCGCUCCUGCGCAAGGGCAUGGCGGUGGAACGCCUUUGCCAGCAGUACAUUGCCGAUGCGGUCGACGGGCUUGAUGGUGCCGACGUGGUCAAGUGGCACCACAAGACGCUCUUCCAGUGGUGCAAGGCGCAGCCACCGCCCACCAGCCGCCUCUCCAUCGAAGAGCUUUGCGGUGAGGACCGCUCGGAUUGGCCCGAGGCGGUUCUUGCCGAGCGCUGCGGCCCCGCGCUGCGCGAUGUCCUCACGGGAAACAACGGCGUCACCUACCAGAACUUGCUCUUCCCGGGCGGCUCCCUAGAUCUUGUCUUGCCCGUGUACGAGACUUCCAUUGCCGGCACCUACUACAACCGCUGCGUGGAGGCCGCGGUGGAGGCCAUCAAGGGGCAGCUUGCCCCUGGCCAGCUGCUGAGCAUAGUCGAGAUCGGGGCCGGGACCGGCGGCACGGCGUCGACGAUCUUGCCUGCUGUGGACGGCGCCUGCGCCAAGUAUGCGUUCACGGACGUCUCGGAGAUCUUUCUCGUGCAGGCCAAGGCGCGAUUCAAAGAGUACGCGCACUUCAUGUGGUACGCACUCCUCAACAUCGACGCCGAUCCUCGGCUGCAAGGGUUCGCCUCGCACUCGUACGACGUGGCCAUCUCGACCAACGUGCUGCACGCGACGCCCUUCAUCAAAAACACGCUGCGCCACAGCCGCCAGCUGCUGCAGCCGGGAGGGGCGCUGGUCGUCAACGAGGUCCUGGUGACCAACGCUUUCGCACAAAUCACCUUUGGCCUGACCGACGGCUGGUGGCUCUUUGAGAUCGACCCGGAGCGCAUGAGGGGCAACUCGCCGUUGAUGUCGUGGGAACAUUGGCGCUCGCUCCUCUCGGACGCUGGCUUCCAGAUGGCAUGUCCGAUGCGGGGCGAGGGCCCGCUCGUGCAGCAGGCGGUGAUGGUGGGCAUCUGCUCGCUCACAACACGCCGCCGCAGGGCAGAGCAGCUCGCGGUCCACAUGGCGAUGAGCGUCGACCGCGCUGGGGCCCUCUCGGAUGGCGUGCAUAUGCUCACUGGUGGCGGCACGCCGCUCGGCCAGCUGAGCGCGCAAUUCCUGGUCGAGCACGGCGCGCGAAACCUGGUCCUCGCCGCGGAGGGCGCAUCCAUCAGCCCUGCGUGGCUGGCACCGAGGGGGGGCGCUGACUCGCUGCGGCCCCCCGCGGCAACUCGCACGGCUGGCGCGGAUGAUGUGCUGGUGCACCACAUUGCCAUCAACACGGCCGAUGACCGCGACGUGGCGGGCCUGCUCCGCGCUGUGCGCGCUGCCAUGCCGCGCGUCGUGGGAGUGCUCCACAUGAGCCCCGUCCCCUUCAGAGCCUCCAACAUUGCGCUCGCUGCCCAAUCGCCCGGCGCCCUGCUCGCCGCUUUCGCGCCCAAGGUGCACGGCGCGCGCGCUCUGCACGCGGCCACUGCCGACGCGCCACUGCCGUACUUCAACGCAUACGGCUCAUCGGCCAGCCUCGCCGGCCCGCAAAACCAGACCGCCGCCGCCGCCGCCAGCGCGUGGCUCGACGCGUUCGCCUCGGCCCGACGCGGCGCGGGCGUCGCGGGGCAGUGCACGCUGUGGGGCGGAUACACGGGCACGGUGGGUGUGCUCUCGGGCUCCGCUGGCGAACCGCCCUCGCCGGGCGCAGGCGCCCACGGCCUGGAGGCCAUCCCGUACGAUGUGGCGUGGCAGUGCCUCGGCAUCCUCAUGCUUCCGUACGCGGCGCCCAGAAUCACCGUGAUGCCGCCGCAGUGGGCAGACUUGCUACAGGGCCGCGAGCUGGUGCCUGGCGUACUCCUCGCGUGGAAGCAGACUCGGAUGAUGAUCCAGGCCGACGCAAAGCUGAUCACUGGACGCGACAGCUCGAGCGGCACCGGCGCGGGCUCCAAGGCCGAGCUCUACGGCGCGGCCGCGGCGGUGAAGCUGCGCGAGGUCGCGGCGGACGUGAUUGGCGACGUGGACCCCGACACGCCUUUGCUCGAGGCAGGACUCGACUCGCUCGGCGCCCUCGAGUUUGGCACGCGCGUCCAGAACGAGAUCGGCCAGCUCCCCGAGACGCUCAUCUACGACUACCCGACGCUGCGUGGCCUCGAGGGCUACGUCGCCUCGCGAACCCCGGACGGCGCCGCCGGCGAGGAGCAAGUGGAGGCGUGGCGCAAGCGGCAGCCUAAGGCCGGCGCGGAGGCGGGCGGGGGCGCGCCGGGCGCCGCGCCUCCGGCGGGCGGCGGCGACAAGGAGCUCAAGUACGACUGGGGCGGCGGCGCAGGCAAGUGCAUCGGCGAGGCGCUGUGGCGGCUCCGGCCGGCGCCCGAGGGCUGGGACCCGCGUGUGACGCCACGGCUCGUGAUCAUGCACUCGGUGAUGGGCGACGAGGGGGGGUACGAGCGCUUCUAUCAGACCGCCAACCAGGACCGCGAGGUGCUCUGCCUGCGCCACGUGGGCUUGUGCGACACGCCCGUCGACUUUUCCGACCUACGGGACGCGCAGCAGCUGGCCGACCGCUACGCGCGCGAGCUGAUCGAGCACAUCGGCGACGAGCCCUUCGACAUGAUUGGCGCGUCGCUCGGCGGCUCGCUCGCGCACCGCUGUGUGUGCACCUGCCAGGAGAUUGGUGGCAACCCUCGCCGGCUGACGAUGAUCGACCCGCCGGCGCCCGAGCCGCUGCCGGGGCUAAUGCGGACGAUGGCGGGCGAGUUUGGCAUGACGUUCCGGCAGGCCGCCGAGGUGCUGCUCCUGAUGCCCACCUACCUCAAGUCGGGCGACCUCGCCGGCCGAGAGGACGGCGACCCGGAGGGCGAGGCGGAGAAGGCGGCGAUCCGCGAGCUGGUCCAAAAGUGCCGCACGCUGCCCGAGGAGGCGCUUCCGUACCUCGUGGUCAAGGAGGGCAUGAGCGGGCUCGGCAUGUUCAAGGCCGACAGCCCGAUCGUCGAGGUUGCGAUCGUCAAGGCGACGCAGCGCAUCAAGGCCUUCCAGCACUGCGUCAAGAUCCUGUGGGGCGGGUGGGGCGGCAACGACCCGCCGGCGCGGCACUACCGCGGCCCGGGCGGCGCCCCUUCCAUCUUCCUCGUCAAGGCGUCGGAGCGUGGCGAGUUCUUCGGCUUCAUGAUGGUCCUCGGGCUGCAGAGCUCGGGCGAGAAGCUCAUCGAGCGGCGCGCCCUCCCAGGCGUGGACCUCGACGCGCUCAAGGCGCGCUUCGACAAGUACAAGGAGGUCGACUCGGCCAUCGCGAUCUUCCGCGACGGCAACUACCGCGAGAUGAUGCAGGACGACGUGUCCUUGCUCGGCGACCGCGCGCUCAACUCGUUCAAGUCGGUCCAGACCAAGGAUGUGGACGGGAUGCACGGCCCCGCCGCCCUCACGAUGACCAUGGAGGGCAACCACCUCGACGUGACGACGCGGUGCAUCUCGCGCCGUGACCUCGAGUUCAACUACCUCGCUGAUCUGUUCAUGGCGCCCGUCAGCGCCUUCUCGGCGGGCAGCGGCAAGCCUGGCGCCAAGCGCGACGCCGGCGACGACAGCGGCGACGUCGAGGAUGGGGCGGCGCACGGCGCCGCGGUGGCACGGGCCAACCGCAGCAUGGUGGCGAGGCUGCGCGAGCGCUUCGAUCGGGCGGUGGAGCAGCAAAGGGAGGCCCUGCUUAGCGGGUUUAAGAACAGCCUCAAGAGCAGCCGCGCGCCCUCGGCGUCGAAAGUGGUGGCGCGCUCGCGGAGCGCGCUGCUCUCGGCGAUGCUCUCUUCCGACGGCUUGAAGUCGACCAGCCACCGCACGUCCUCGAUGCGGACGCGCGAGACCGCCCGCACCGACGCGGGGAAGGCGCGCCCGUGGAUGCGCGCAUUCAUCAUCUGCUCCGGGUGGCCGCUGGUCGGCACCGUCAAGACGGGCACGCCGCGGCAGACGGCCUCCCAGAUGGUCUCGUUGCCGGUCGAGCAGAUGAUCCCUGCAAGCGCCGAGGGAGGCGCCGCGGGAGAACGGAUGGGCGGCAGCGAGUUUGGCUGCGGCCGCGCGGAGAGCGAGAGGCACGGGCCCGUCUGCGCGAUCAGCGCCGCCAUCGCGUCGAUGGUCGACUUGCCCACAAUCUCCCAGAAGCCGAGAUCGCGCACGUCGAGCGAGGACAGCGCGAACUGCGGCGCCACGUUGGAGAUGCGGACGCCGGGCGGCGGCGGGUGGGAGCGCAAAAAGAAGGCGAGCGUGGUGUGCCUGCGCGGCGAGGGCGGCGGCGACGGCGGCGGUGGGGAGGGCGGCUGCGAUAUGGCGGCGGGGGCGAGGGCGGGGGGCUGA